GACAGGCAGUACAGACAGGUGACAGGCAGGUCUCUGGGUGUGCUGGAAGCUGCAGGUGCCAGACAGGUGACAGGCAGUACAGACAGGUGACAGGCAGGUCUCUGGGUGUGCUGGAAGCUGCAGGUGCCAGACAGGUGACAGGCAGUACAGACAGACAGGUGACAGGCAGGUCUCUGGGUGUGCUGGAAGCUGCAGGUGCCAGAGAGUUUUCAGGAUUGGCUCUUGCCAGUUAGGCUACACUAGGUCCUACUACGUUUGUUACUGUUGACUCCUUUUGUCAAACAACACAAUGUGAAGCUGGACAAACGCACACACACACACACACACACUCACACACACACGCACACACACACACACACUCACACACACUUCCCUCACUCCCCUCUUAAGUUUGUUACUGUUGUCUCUGUUUGUCAUACAACACAAAGUAAAGCUAGAAUCCUUCCUCCCCUCACUGUACCUCAGUGUUAGUCUAUGUGCCUUUACGGCUGCAUUUGAUAGUGUUAUGCAGUAUAUUAUGACUAUUACAAUUAUAAUUAUAUAUAUAAUUAUAUACAAUUAUAUAACCAUUUUACAAAUUAUUUCUGGUUGAGAAUUUUAUAUUUUUACUCAUUUGCAUUGAUUUCCAUAAUUAAACAAACAAGCUGGUUAUUGACAUUGGAUAAUGUAAUGAGAAUUAAAUGUGAUUUUGAAAGUUAUAAUCUAUGGUUUAUCCUCUGGUCCUGUAGGGCCAGUAUCCUCUGGUCAUCUAUGGCUUGCCGUGCGGUAGCAGAGAGAACAGUCUAUGACUUAGGUGACUGGAGUCUUUCACAAUUUUUUGGGCCUUCCUCUGACACCGCCUGGUAUAGAGGUCAUGUACUGGGCCAAACGCACUACCCUCUGUAGCGCCUUACGGUCGGAUGCCAAGCAGUUGCCAUACUAGACGGUGAUGCAACCGGUCAGGAUGCUCUUGACGGUGCAGCUGUAGAACUUUUUGAGGAUCUGGGGACCCAUGCCAAACCUUUUCAGUCUCCUGAGGGGGAAAAGGUGUUGUCGUGCCCUCUUCACGACUGUCUUGGUGUGUUUGGACCAUAAUAGUUUAUUGGUGAUGUGGACACCAAGGAACUUGAAACUGUCGAUGGGAAUGGGGGCGUGUUCGGCCCUCCUUUUCCUGUAGUCCACGAUCAGCUCCUUUGUCUUGAUCACAUUGAGGAAGAGGUUGUUGUCCUGGCACCACACGGCCAGGUCUCUGACCUCCUCCCUAUAGUCUGUCUCAUCGUUGUCGGUGAUCAGGCCUACCACUGCUGUGUCGUUGGAAAACGUAAUGAUGGUGUUGGAGUAUGCUUGGCUACGCAGUCGUGGGCGAACAGGGAGUACAGGAGGGGACUGAGCACACACCCCUGAGGGGCCCCCCGUGUUGAGGAUCAGCGUGGCGGAUGUGUUGUUGCCUACCCUCACCACCUGGGGGCGGCCCGUCAGGAAGUCCAGGAUCCAGUUGCAGAGGGAGGUGUUUAGUCCCAUGGUCCUUAGCUUAGUGUUGAGCUUUGAGGGCACUAUGGUGUUAAUCACUGAGCUGUAGUCAAUGAACAGCAUUCUCACGUAGGUGUUAUUUUUGUCCAGGUGGGAAAGGGCAGUGUGGAGUGCGAUUGAGAUUGUGCCAUCUGUGGGUCUGUUGGGGCGGUAUGCGAAUUGGAGUGGGUCUAGGGUUUGUAGGGUGGUGGGGUGUAGGGUGGUGGGUGGUCAGGAGGGUUGGUGUGGUCAGGAGGGUUGGUGUGGUCAGGAGGGGUGUGGUCAGGAGGGUUUGUGUGGUCAGGAGGGGGGGAGUGGUCAGGAGGGUGUGGUCAGGAGGGUUUGUGUGGUCAGGAGGGGGGAGUGGUCAGGAGGGGUGUGGUCAGGAGGGUUGGUGUGGUCAGGAGGGGGGAGUGGUGAGGAGGGGUGUGGUCAGGAGGGUUUGUGUGGUCAGGAGGGGGGAGUGGUCAGGAGGGGGGUGGUCAGGAGGGGUGUGGUCAGGAGGGGUGUGUGGUCAGGAGGGGGGUGGUCAAGAGAGGGGGGUGGUCAGGAGGGGUGUGGUCAGGAGGGGUGUGUGGUCAGGAGGGGGGUGGUCAAGAGGGGGGGGGGGGGUGGUCAGGAGGGGGGUGGUCAGGAGGGGUGUGGUCAGGAGGGUGGUGUGGUCAGGAAGGGGGUGGUCAAGAGAGGGGGGUGGUCAGGAGGGGGGUGGUCAGGAGGGGUGUGGUCAGGAGGGGGGGUGUGGUCAGGAGGGGGGUGGUCAAGAAGGGGGGGUUGGUCAGGAGGGGGGUGGUCAGGAGGGUGGUGUGGUCAGGAGGGGGGUGGUCAAGAAGGGGGGGUGGUCAGGAGGGGGGUGGUCAGGAGGGGUGUGGUCAGGAGGGGGGUGUGGUCAGGAGUUGUCCAUGCACUCAGCAUUUGAAUAAUCCUGCCCGAAAAGGAAAUGUGAAUUAUAAUGAAUUUUAAAAAACUGUAGGGGUUGAUCCAUUUUUCGUUAGGGCAAAUCAAGUCUGACAUUUUAUAGUGGAAAUGACAAACUUUAGAAUAUUUUUUAAACUUUGAAUACACUACCAGUUUGUAUUUCCUGCAACAAAAGAGUGAUCAAAUUAAACCUACUCUUAUAGGAGGUAGCUUUACACAGAGUAAAGGGUUAAACCUACUCUGAUAAGAGGUAUCUUUACACAGAGUAAAGGGUUAAACCUACUCUGAUAGGAGGUAUCUUUACACAGAGUAAAGGGUUAAACCUACUCUGAUAAGAGGUAUCUUUACACAGAGUAAAGGGUUAAACCUACUCUGAUAGGAGGUAUCCUUUACACAGAGUAAAGGGUUAAACAGAGUAAAGGGAUUUUAUGAGGACAAGUUACAGAGUAUGUAACAGUCUGAGGUAGCUGAGUAGAGAGGAGAGCUUCAGCCUGUAGCGUGUAGCAUGCUGAGUUUGAUAUGCCUAGGUAGCUGUAGUCUACAGAGUAAAGAGUUAAAAUGGAGGGAGAGGAGAGGAGAGGAGAGAGAGAGGGAGAGGAAGGAGAGAGAGGGGGAGAGAGAAGAGCAGGGAGGGGAGGUAGGUGUAGGGGUGGGGGAUGUCGUGUGAGGAGGGGAGGGGUUGACGUGGAGGUGAGGGUGUUGGUGUUGCAAGCGUGGUUUAUCAUCCGCUUUCUUCCUUGCUGAUUCUUCUCGCUCGUUUCCGUUCUCUUGUUUCUGAGUGUCUUUCCUUUCGUUUUCUUUGCUUCGCGGUCUCGUCGCCGCUUCGGGUGAUUUGGGUAGAGGUACGCGCAUGGAGUGACGUUUGUGACUCGAGUGGAUUGGCGUUUGAGGGCUGGUAACUGCCUUGUCCCAGAUAGUUUCUUUAAAGAACCCCUUUGAUUAUCAUAGGUCCGCCCAGUGGUUAUCCAGUUACCAGCCUCUCCUCUACCAUUGGCCGAUGAUCCCUCAUUAUGCGAGGUAGUGAAUCCCCAGGGGCGUGGGGCCGAGCGGAGCUGAAAGAGCUCCUUUGGCAGGCAGAAUAGAGCUUUUAUUGAGGAUUUUUCUAAGCUCACCAUCAGGGACCAAAAAAAAAAAACUUGAGCCGAAUCACUCUGCUCCCCCCUUUCUUCCUUCACUCGUUUCCCCAUUUUUUCUGUAGACGGAGCAGCAGUACAGCGAACGAACGAACGAAGCACCCAGCAGCAAGCAGCAAGGCAAGCAGAAUGCAAGGAGUCGAUCCCCUUGUCUCAGACAACCAGCACACAAGCAGGGCAACAGAGAGACAGACAGAGAGACGACAAGAGACAGAAAGAGAGACAGAAAGAGAGACAGACAGAAACAGACAACAAGAAGACAGAAAGAGAGACAGACAGAGAGGGACAGAGAGAUUGGGAGAAAGACGGAAAACACAGACGAUUUAAACGGCUGCUGUUGCUUCAUCUGUGGAAAAGGAUCCUGUCCCUGUCCUGUCCUGUCCUGCGGCUACCCCAGGUAUCCUGCCACCCCUCCUCGUGCCUCCUGAUAACCCUCUCCUUCCUUGAGCUGUCCCUUUCACUCCAUCCCUGGUUUUUAGAGAGAGAGAGGAGAUAGAGGAGAGAGAGAGAGAGUUCUCGGAGUACGGGAUCUAAAUACGAGCAUCGGCUCGCUGGUAUCGUCUCCUCUUUCUCUUUAGAGCUCUAGGGAACAUAACAUUGUCAAAGUGGCAUAGUCAAAUUUGUAUACACAGACUAUUUAAAGGGCUGCUGGUUGCUGUAGAAGAAGAGAUACUGUCCUGUCCCCUUUUCUGCUGUUCUGCCGAGAGGCUGAGACCAUGGUGAUGGUGCCCGGAGCUGCCCUGGUACCUGGAUCCCUACUACCCUGUCUCUGCACCCUGCUCUGCCUGGAUCUGCUGUUUCUCCCCUGGGGCUGGUCGAGCCGUCGGUGCCACUGGAGGACUUCUACCCCUUUGGCCAGGACUGGGGGGAUUCCCAGACGAUCUCCCAGGACGAUGGAGGCUCAGGCCUGGUGGAGAUCUCUGUGGCGUUCCCCUUCUUCGGUGACAGGCACUCGGGACUCUACGUGAGUAAAGGAGAGCAGAGCGUGCGACUUAUGCAAGAGAAUGUGCUCUUUCAUUCGUGCAAAACCUGUUGCUUCAAGUGGUAUGUGAGAGAAUGUGUGUGUGGGGUGUGUGUGUGUAUGUGUGGUGUGUGUGUGUGUGUUGUGUUGUGUGUGUUGUGUGGGUGGUGGUGUGUGUGUUUGUGUGUUGUGUUGUGGUGGUGGUGUUUGUGUGGAGUGUGGGGUGUGUGUGUGUUUGUGUUUGUUUUUUUGUUUUAUUAUGUGAUGUAUUUUUUUUUUUUUUUUUUUAUUUUUUUUUUUUUGUUGUUUUUUUUUGUUUUUUUUUUUUUUUGUUUUUUUUUUUUUGUGUGUUUUUUACCUCAGGGUGUGCUAGUGAUAUCGUGUCCACCCCCAUGGCUGGAAUCACAGUCCACCCUGGCUUUCUCAUCCUCUACUGGCAUCUGCUCUCCUGCACGUCCCAGCCCCUCUCCUGUGCGAGCACACACACACACCACACACUACACAUUCCCAAGAACCCCCCCCAAAAACCCCCCAGAAGACCCCCCAAAAGAACCCCCCCCCACCCACACCCCCCCCCCCAAAAAAAAAAAACAAAAAAAAAAAAGGACACCCCCCACACACACAUACCCACCCCACACACACACGAAGGAACGGUAUCUGUGGGUAAUAAGUCCUGUAGAGAGUCUUUUUUUAACAUUUUAAUCUUAUACUAUAUUUUUUAACCGCUAAUAAUAUAAUAUUUUAAACGUUGGAUUCUCUAGAAACUGUUUUUGUGUUUCAUGUUUACUGUUAAUGUUGUUGGGUUUUGUUAUUGUUGUUUUGUUUCUUGUUUAUUUCACUUGCUUUGGCAAUGUAAACACACAGAGAGAGAGAGAGAGAGAGAGAGAGAGCGAGAGAGAGAGAGAGAGGAGCGAGAGAGAGAGAGAGAGAGAAGACCGAGGAGAAAGAGAGAGAGGAGAAGAAGAGAGAGAGAGAGAGAGAGCGAGGAGAGAGGAGAAGAGAGAGGAGAAAGAGAGAGAGAGAGAGAGAGAGAGAGAGAGAGAGAGAGAGGUCAUUUCUGAGCUUGUCAUGUAUGGGGUUCAGUUCCAACUCAUUGAGAAGCCAAAGCCCCUUUAAAUCAACACCACCUGUUGGGGCUGUGCAUCAGUCUGCAUUCAACCUCCCAAUACCCCCUUUCCCCUCUUCUCAUCUCUCCAACCCCAUCCUCCUUCCCUGCCCUUCCCCUCCAAUCCAUCUCCAUCCUCAUCUCCCGCCUCUCCAAUCACGGAUCCCCAUCUCCCCUCCUCUCCUCCCCAUCUCCCAUCCUCUCCCAAUCCCCAUCUCCCCUCCUCUCCCAAUCCCAUCUCCCUCCUCUCCAAUCCCAUCUCCCCCCUCUCCAAUCCCGCAUCUCCCUUCCCCUCCCAAUCCUCAUCUCCCCUCCCUCUCCAAUCCUCAUCUCCCCUACCCUCCCCCUCCAAUCCCCUCUCCAUCCUCAUCUCCCCUCCUCAUCUCCCCUCCCCUCCAAUGCCCAUUCUCUCCUCCAUCCCCAUCUCCCCUCCUCUCCAAUCCCCCAUCUCCCCUCCCCUCCCCUCCAAUCCCCAUCUCCCCUCCCCUCCAAUCCGCCAUCUCCCCUCCUCUCCCAACCCCAGCUCCCCUCCCCUCCAAUCCCAUCUCCCCUCCUCUCAUCCCCAUCUCCCCUCCCCUCCAUCCAUCCCCCAUCAUCCCCCUCUCCCUCUCAAUCCCCAUCUCCCCUCCCUCCCAUCCCCAUCUCCCUCCUCGUCCAAUCCCCAUCUCCCUUCCCCUCCACUCCUCAUCUCCCUCCUCUCCAAUCCCUCUCCCCCCCCUCCAAUCCCCAGCUCCAAUCCUCAUCUCCCCUCCUCAUCUCCCCUCCCCCUCCAAUGCCAUGCCCAUCUCCCUCUCCAAUCCCCAUCUCCCCUCCUCUCCAUCCCCAUCUCCCCUCCCUCCCUCUCCAAUCCCCAUCUCCCCCUCCCCUCCCAUCCCCAUCUCCCCUCCACUCCCCUCCAAUCCCCAUCUCCCCUCCUCUCCAAUCCCCAUCUCCCCUCCUCUUCCAUCACACCCAAUCUCCCUUCCCCUCCCAAUCCUCAUCUCCCCUCCUCUCCAACCUCAUCUCCCUCCCCUCCAAUCCCAUCUCCAAUCCUCAUUCUCCCCUUCCAAUCAUCUCUCCCCUCCCUCCAAUGCCCAUCCCUCUCCAAUCACCCGUCUCCCCUCCUCUCCAAUCCCCACUCGGUCCCCUCCCCCUCCCCCCAAUCCCCCAUCUCUCCCCUCCCCCCAUCCCCAUCUCCCCUCUCUCAUCCCCCAUCUCCCCUCCUCUCCACUCCCAGCUCCCUUCCCCUCCAAUUCCUCAUCUCCCCUCCUCUCCAUCCUCAUCUCCCCUCCCCUCCAAUCCGCAUCUCCAUCCUCAUCUCCCCUCCUCAUCUAUCUCCCUCCCCUCCAAUGCAUAUCUCCUCUCCAAUCCCCCUCUCUUCCCUCGCUCUCCAUCCCCAUCUCCCCUCUCCCUCUCCCCUCCCCUCCCCUCCAUCCGCCCUCUCCCCUCCCCCCUCCAUUCCCCAUCUCCCCUCCUCUCCAUCCCAUCUCCCCUCCCCUCCAAUCCCUCCUCUCCCCUCCUCUCCAAUCCCCCAGCUCCCCCCCCUCCAUCCCCAUCUCCCCUCCUCUCCAAUCCCCCAUCCCCCGCCUCCUCCCAUCCCCAUCGUCCCUCCUCUUCCAUCCCCAUCUCCCCUUCCCCUCCAAUCCUCAUCUCCCCUCCUCUCCAAUCCUCAUCUCCCCUCCCCUCCAAUCCCCAUCUCCAAUCCUCAUCUCCCCUCCUCAUCUCCCCUCCCCUCCAAUGCCCAUCUCCUCUCCAAUCCCCAUCUCCCCUCCUCUCCAAUCCCCAUCUCCCCUCCCCUCCCCUCCAUCCCCAUCUCCCUCCCCUCCAAUCCCCAUCUCCCCUCCCCUCCCACUCCAUCCCCAUCUAUCUCCCCUCCUCUCCAAUCCCAUCUCCCCUCCUCUCUCUCCUCCAUCCCCAUCUCCCUUCCCCUCCCCUCAAAUCCUCAUCUAUACCCUCCUCUCCAAUCCUCAUCUCCCUCCCUCCAAUCCCCCUCUCAUCUUCCAAUCUCAUCUCCCCUCCUCAUCUCCCCUCCCCUCCAAUUCCCAUCUCCUCUCCAAGCCCCAUCUCCCUCCUCAUCCAAUCCCCAUCUCCCCCUCCCCUCCCCUCCAUCCCCAUCUCCCCUCCCCUCCAAUCCCCAUCUCCCCUCCUCUCCAAUCCCAUCUCCCCUCCCCUCCAAUCCCCAUCUCCCCUCCUCUCCAAUCCCCAUCUCCCCUCCCCUCCAACCCCAUCUCCCCUCCCAUCUUCCUCCUCCCUCUCCAAUCCCCAUCUUCCCCUCCCCCCAAUCCCCAUUCCCCUCCAACCCCAUCUCCCCUCCCUCUUCUCCCAUCCCCAUCUCCCUCGCUCCAAUCCCCAUCUCCCCUCCUUCUCCGUUCUCCUCCCCCUCCCCCUCCUCUCGCAAUCCCCAGCUCCCCUCUCCCCUUCCUCUCCGUUCCCCUCCCUGUGAUCCUCCUCUUCAUCCCCCUCUCCCCCUCUCCUUCCCCCCCCUUCUCUCUUUUAUAACAAGCUGCCAGCCCAGGACAUUCGGAGGUACCAUGGCAACAAUUGGCAAGGUCAAAGGUCAGUGUUCUAACAUAAGCCAGUAGCCUCUAGCCAGGUGGAGAUUGACGUCAUUGUGGAAGGAGGGUGAGGUCAGCGAUAGUGACAGAGCGAAACACAAAACAAGGUCAGGAAUUACCAAGACUAUCCUGACAUGACGUGUCCUGCUUAGGUAUGCCCCAGUACAUAUCGUUUUAAUUUAGCUCGAGGCAUUUGGGCGCGUCGCUCGUGAGGUUAGUGUUCCAAUGCAACGACACUGCAGAGCGACACACAGACAGACACAGGGCCAGAUAUACCUAGACAGGCCAUGACAUACCAGAGCUGUGCACCCUGCAUUAUUAUGCCUGAUGCUAUUUUUUCUCAUUUUACUUGAGGUAUGUGACUCUAGCCUUUUUAUUUCCGGUAUUAUUAUAGGAGGCAACAGUCAUAGGAGGCAUUUGGGUACGUCAUUCACAUUUAACAACGUCGACGUUAAACCUUUCUGUAUGAAAUGUCCUGGUGUGUAACUGUACUUUAGGCUGCAAUGAACUGUGGCGCAUCUGCUAUCUUUCAAUACUGUGAAAGUCAGAAGUGAAUCACUGGACGAGAUAAGACAAGUCUGCAUGUUGCCGUGCACUCAGAUCUCUGAUUAGAUUAUUAGAGGUACGGUCCGCGUCACAAAUGGCCCCCUAUUCCCUAUGUAGUGCACUUAUUUUGACCCGGGGCCCCUAAAGGGUGUCAUUAGGGACUCACCCACCAUAAAGAGGCGGCAGGUAGUUUAGUGGUUAAGAGCGUUGUGCCAGUAACCGAAAGGUCGCUGGUUCUAAUCCCCUAGGUGAAAAAUCUGUCGAUGUGCCCUUGAGCAAGGCACUUAACCCUAAUUGCUCCUGUAAGUCGCUCUAGAUAAGAGCGUCUGCUAAAUGACUAAAAUGUAAGGACCACAGAAUGAGAGAUAGGGGAGAGUGGGGUAAGUUGAGCCUGUGUUUACGUUCAGCGUCACUCCAUCAAGGGAAAUAUAGUAUUAUUCUAACAAAGAUAUCUACAUAUAUUUCAGGAUGUUGCGUAUUCCUGGAAAUAUUCAUGUAAAUAUUACAGUUUUGAAAACAUAGCUUGUCCAAAAAAAAGUGGUCUCUUGGCUCAACUUACCCUGGGUAUGGGGUAAAUUGAGCUGCGCGACAGGGUAAGUUAACCCGCCUAUAAAUUUCUGUACUGAAUGAAAUAUUACCUUUUUAAAACCAUGUCUAUGUUUAUGUCCCAAACACAAUUCCACACAAUUGCUUUUUUGUAUUUAAAUAAUUUGAAGCAUCUUGUCAUGCCCUGGCUCUGGGGACUCUUAAAUGUUGAGCCAGGGUGUGUAGUUUCUAUGUUUAGUUUUCUAUGUUGAGUGUCUAGAUCGUGUGGAUCUAUGUUGGCCAGGGUGGUUCCCAAUCAGAGGCAGCUGUAGUUCGUUGUCUCUGAUUGGGGACCAUACUUAGGCAGCCGCUUGGCACCAGUCUGUGUGGGAUCUUGUUCCGUAUAGGUGUGUUAUUAGUCUACCUUGGACUUCACGUAUCGUUUGUUUGUUGUUUUGUUCGUGUUCAGUACGUUAAUAAAUAUGUAUGCUUAUCACGCUGCGCCUUUGGUCCGUCUCAUCGUGACAGAAGAUCCCACCAAAUGAGGACCAAGCAGCGUGCCCAGGAAGAGAGAAUAGCGAUGUCUCAGGUGGGCAAAUGGUGGUCAUGGGAGGAGAUAUUCGCGGGGAAAGGGCCAUGGGCGAAGGUAAAUGCCCAGGCAGGAGAGGAGAAACGGCGCCAACCGUGCCGACGACGGACACCCGAGAGGCAACCCCAAUAAUUUUUUGGGGGGGGGCACAAGGCGUGGAAGACGAGGUAGCAGGAGGCAGCGACAGGGCGAAUCUGCAGACUAGGAGAUGAGGACACCAGGUUACGGGGGCUAUUGGUCAUGAGGGAGCAGGAGUUAGUUGGUCAGAGGGAGGAGCUACAGGAGGCGAUAAGGGAGAAGGAGAGUGUAGAGGCACGGUGAGAGGAGCUGGUUAGGCAGCAGAAGGAGCGGAGGUUUAUAAGGGAACCCAGUCCCGCUCCUCGCACCAAGCAAGUGGUGUGUGUCUCCAGUCCGGUCCGGCCCGUUCCUGUUCCCCGCACUAAGCCAGUGGUGCGUGUUCCCAGUACGGCCCGACCCAUUCCUGCUUCCCGCACAAGGCCAGUGGUGCGUGUUCCCAGUCCAGCCCGGCCUGUUCCUGUCCCUCGCCCCAAGCCAGUGGUGCGCGUCGCCAGCCCGGUCCGGCCUGUUCCUGCCUCUCGCACCAAGCCAGUGGUGCGUGUCGCCAGUCCGGUACAGCCCGUUCCUGCUCCCCGCACCAAGCCAGUGGUGCGCGUCGUCAGCCCGGUCUGGCCCGUUCCUGCUCCCCGCACCAAGCCAGUGGUGCACGUUGUCAGCCCGGUCCGGCCUGUUCCUGCUCCCCGCACCAAGCCAGUGGUGCGCGUCGUCAGCCCGGUCCGGCCCGUUCCUGCUCCCCGCACCAAGCCAGUGGUGCGCGUCGUCAGCCCGGUCCGGCCCGUUCCUGCUCCCCGCACCAAGCCAGUGGUGCGCGUCGUCAGCCCGGUCCGGCCCGUUCCUGCUCCCCGCACCAAGCCAGUGGUGCGUGUGUCCAGUCCGGCACGGCCCGUGCCUGCUCCACUCCGGAGCCAGAGCAGUCCGCUCCACCGGGGUCCGGUCCAACUCCAGUCAGCGGAUCCACUCCGGAGCCAGAGCAAUCCGCUCCACCGGUGCCCAGUCCAGCUCCGGCCAGCGGCUCCAGUCCGGAGCCUGUACAGUUCGAUCCACCGUCGUCGGGUCCAGCUCCAGUCAGCGGUGCCAGACCAGACCAGGGGCGCAACAGGGAGGUGGAGAGAAAGUGGUGGUUACGCCCAGAGCCGGAUCCGCCUCCGAGGCGGAAUGCCCACCCGGCCCCUACCCUGUUAUGUUUAUGGGGCGCGGUUGGAGUCCGCACCUUUGGGGGGGGGGUACUGUCACGCCCUGACUCUGGGGACUCUUAAAUGUUGAGCCAGGGUGUGUAGUUUCUAUGUUUAGUUUUCUAUGUUGAGUUUCUAGAUCGUGUAGAUCUAUGUUGGCCAGGGUGGUUCCCAAUCAGAGGCAGCUGUAGUUCGUUGUCUCUGAUUGGGGAAUACUUAGGCAGCCGUUUGGCACCAGUCUGUGUGGGAUCUUGUUCCGUAUAGGUGUGUUAUUAGUCUACCUUGGACUUCACGUAUCGUUUGUUUGUUGUUUUGUUCCGUGUUCAGUACGUUAAUAAAUAUGUACGCUUAUCACGCUGCACCUUGGUCUGUCUCAUCCGUAAACGAUCGUGACACAUCUUUUAACACAGGGUUACACCUAACUAACACUUUGCCCACUGGAUAAAAACUGGUUGAAUCAACGUGGAAUAGACAUUGAAUUGAUGUAUUUACCCAGUGGGUGGGCUCUAUUCAAUCUGUAAAGCUGAAGCAUUACAGAUUUCUUGAUAGAAAUUGAAAGUUAUUUUGCGAUUGAGCCGACGUCCGCAGCGUUUACCGUGAAUGCUUUCUCCGCUAAAGCAGGAACAUUGCCUUAAAAUUUCAAUCAAACUGUAAAACUGAACUUCGGGGAUGUGGAUUGAAUAGAGACCUUAGUACUUUAUUUAUAAAUGUUUUAACAAAGGCCCUGUUGUUACCUCAUAUUGAUAAUGCCUUGCAUUACGUGUCUGAGAAGAAAACACUUAGAUUUGCUCAUCUUGCCAUUAGCCAUUGGCUCAAUUUACCCCACGGCCAUUGGCUAAACUUAGCUCAAGGCAUACAUUUUGACUAUAUUGGCCCACACAGCUACAAGGAUUCACUUUUAUGUUAGGUUUAGGAGCUCAUAUUGAAGCUUUUAGAGACCCCAACUGAUGUAUAGAACAAUCUUAAAAGUAUCUACUUUGGUUUAGAUACAAGCACCAUGAAACCUCUAACGCAAUCAAUUCAUUUGAAAAUCUACUUUUUUGGACCUAACUUGCUUACAGCUUUUCCCAUGUGUUUUCUUUCUUAACAGACUCCAUGAAAUGAUGACCUCCCAGGGGCGAAAGUAGAAUACAUUUCUUCCUGGUACGGGAUUCCCUACAUAAAAAAAAAAAAAAAAAAAAUGAUGGCCCUAAUCAUAGAAUAAUCAUAGAAUUACGUAGAGAAUCCUUAUUAAUUUAAUAGGAUCUCUGUGGGCCUAGUCAUAAAGAUUUGUCAUUUAACUUUUAAAAUGUAUUACCUUUUAUUGUUGCAUAACACAACCAGUGAUGAUGUUUUCAUCUGAUUGUCAAACAAUCACUUCAAAGGGCUCCUUUACUCGGCUAGCUGUGCACGUUCCUCCACUCGCAACCAAAAAGUGGAGCAACCUUCGCCGAUUGUUUAUGCCGUCCACUGCUGUCCGAGUGCGUGUUGGUGUUUUAAUUAUUGUAAUGUUUUACCGGUAUGGUCUACCACCACUAUUUAUUUUUCUGUGACGCCAUACCGGACAGCCUUACUUUCAGCCUUGCCUCUUCCUAAAUAUUUGGUCAAAUUAUUAAUUUUGUGUGUGAUUUCCCAGAAACGAGGGCUGGCUCAUCUUACCCCACUCUCCCCUACUGUGGUUGUAAGAGAAGAUAUGGAGAUAUGGUAUGAUUGCAUCUGCGUUAUUGAGUGAUGUAGUGAGAAGGGAAGACAGGGUUUCACAGGGAUUUUUGUAUUGUUUUAUUUAUUUAUUUUUACACCCUUUUUCUCCCCAAUUUCGUGAUAUCCAAUUGAAACCCUCCCUUAACCCAGCCUGAAUUCAAACAACUCUCCCCCACAUCUCCUCCCCCCCCACAUCUCCUCCCCCACAUCCCCUCCCCCACAUCCCCUCCCCCACAUCCCCUCCCCCACAUCCCCUCCACCACAUCCCCUCCCCCACAUCCCCUCCCCCACAUCCCCGUCCCCUACAUCCUGUCCCCCACAUCCCCUCCCCCACAUCCCCUCCCCCACAUCCCCUCACAGCACAUCCCCUUCCCCACAUCCCCUCCCCUACAUCCCCCCCCCACCUCCCCUCCACCACAUCCCCUCCCACCACAUCCCCUCACCCACAUCUCCUCCCCCACAUCCCCUCCACCACAUCCCCUCCCCCACAUCCCCUCCACCACAUCCCCUCCCACCACAUCCCCUCCACCACAUCCCCUCCCCCACAUCCUGUCCCCCACAUCCCCUCCACCACAUCUCCUCCCACCACAUCCCCUCCCCCACAUCCCCUCCCCCAGCACAUCCCCUCCCCCCACAUCCCCUCCACCACAUCCCCUCCCCCACAUCCCCUCCCCCACAUAUAUAUAUACAGUGGGGGAAAAAAGUAUUUAGUCAGCCACCAAUUGUGCAAGUUCUCCCACUUAAAAAGAUGAGAGAGGCCUGUAAUUUUCAUCAUAGGUACACGACAACUAUGACAGACAAAAUGAGAGAAAAAAAAUCCAGAAAAUCACAUUGUAGGAUUUUUAAUGAAUUUAUUUGCAAAUUAUGGUGGAAAAUAAGUAUUUGGUCAAUAACAAAAGUUUCUCAAUACUUUGUUAUAUACCCUUUGUUGGCAAUGAUACAGGUGAAACGUUUUCUGUAAGUCUUCACAAGGUUUUCACACACUGUUGCUGGUAUUUUGGCCCAUUCCUCCAUGCAGAUCUCCUCUAGAGCAGUGAUGUUUUGGGGCUGUCGCUGGGCAACACAGACUUUCAACUCCCUCCAAAGAUUUUCUAUGGGGUUGAGAUCUGGAGACUGGCUAGGCCACUCCAGGAUCUUGAAAUGCUUCUUACGAAGCCACUCCUUCGUUGCCCGGGCGGUGUGUUUGGGAUCAUUGUCAUGCUGAAAGACCCAGCCACGUUUCAUCUUCAAUGCCCUUGCUGAUGGAAGGAGGUUUUCACUCAAAAUCUCACAAUACAUGGCCCCAUUCAUUCUUUCCUUUACACGGAUCAGUGGUCCUGGUCCCUUUGCAGAAAAACAGCCCCAAAGCAUGAUGUUUCCACCCCCAUGCUUCACAGUAGGUAUGGUGUUCUUUGGAUGCAACUCAGCAUUCUUUGUCCUCCAAACACGACGAGUUGAGUUUUUUACCAAAAAGUUAUAUUUUGGUUUCAUCUGACCAUAUGACAUUCUCCCAAUCCUCUUCUGGAUCAUCCAAAUGCACUCUAGCAAACUUCAGACGGGCCUGGACAUGUACUGGCUUAAGCAGGGGGACAUGUCUGGCACUGCAGGAUUUGAGUCCCUAGUGUGUUACUGAUGGUAGGCUUUGUUACUUUGGUCCCAGCUCUCUGCAGGUCAUUCACUAGGUCCCCCUGUGUGGUUCUGGGGUUUUUGCUCACCGUUCUUGUGAUCAUUUUGACCCCACGGGGUGAGAUCUUGCGUGGAGCCCCAGAUCGAGGGAGAUUAUCAGUGGUCUUGUAUGUCUUCCAUUUCCUAAUAAUUGCUCCCACAGUUGAUUUCUUCAAACCAAGCUGCUUACCUAUUGCAGAUUCAGUCUUCCCAGCCUGGUGCAGGUCUACAAUUUUGUUUCUGGUGUCCUUUGACAGCUCUUUGGUCUUGGCCAUAGUGGAGUUUGGAGUGUGACUGUUUGAGGUGGUGGACAGGUGUCUUUUAUACUGAUAACAAGUUCAAACAGGUGCCAUUAAUACAGGUAACGAGUGGAGGACAGAGGAGCCUCUUAAAGAAGACGUUACAGGUCUGUGAGAGCCAGAAAUUUUGCUUGUUUGUAGGUGACCAAAUACUUAUUUUCCACCAUAAUUUGCAAAUAAAUUCAUUAAAAAUCCUACAAUGUGAUUUUCUGGAUUUUUUUUCCUCAAUUUGUCUGUCAUAGUUGAUGUGUACCUAUGAUGAAAAUUACAGGCCUCUCUCAUCUUUUUAAGUGGGAGAACAUGCACAAUUGGUGGCUGACUAAAUACUUUUUUCCCCCACUGUAUAUACAUACAUCCAUACACACACACAUAUCCUUUUUAAAAUUAUAUUUCCCUUCAUUACCCCACCACCCCUUCCCCAAUUGAAGUAAACUAGUGAACAACAACGCUUAGCCCUCUACUUCCAGCCCAUACAUACUAUAUACAUUUUAUGGACACAGUCAAAUUCUACAAUAAUUAUAUAUAUAUAUUUUUUACUCCUGAACUUCCUCCGAUCAUUUUCAUGAUGUCCAUCUGGUUUGCUUCUAUAUGCCAUAUUUUUCUAACUGUGCUCUUUCACAAAAGCUCUCAACCUAGAACCUAUAUACUUAUUAUGGACACAGUAUGCUUUACAUUAGUUAUCUUCUUGAUAUUAGUUGUUGUUAUUAGUCCCAUCCUUCAGCUCCAUUCAACACCUCCCAUCUAUCUCUUAACACCAUCCAUAUUGGAUUUCUAUUUGCCAUAUAUUUUACAAAAGUUCUGAACCUUUCUAUUCUCAUUGUUUCUACAGAUCAUAAAUUGAAAAUAAACAUUUUUGCUAAAAGUAUUAUUAUAUUAUUGAUCGUUUGACUAUGACUUUUCAGAUCACCCAGUAAUGCGAUCUGCAAGGUUAGCUCCAGGUAAAUAUUGCAAGCCAUUCCUGGACCUGUGUCCAAAAACAAGUGGACAGUACCAAAACAAAUGAUCUAAUGAUUCUGUCUCUUCACAGCAAAAACUGCUAUUUUAACAUAAUAAUAUUUGAUUUGAUGUGUAUGAAAUUGUUUGGUGGAAUAUACUUAAAGGGAGAUUGAUUACCCAUAAUGCUGUAACUUUGGAUAGUUGUACUUCUUGUUUUGAUCAUCAUGAUUUAGUGACUGCAAAGAAAAGGUAUUGAUCAACUGGGAUUUUUAAAAUACAGACUUUCUAUUUUGUUUGCUUGGACUCAAGAGAUAACUAUGGUUGCGUUAAUCUUUUUGCAGGCAGUCGUUUUCUUUUGACGAAUCUAGUUGCAAUUUAGACUGUAUAAUAUAGUUUUGAUGAAUGUAUUCAUGUUUUGAGAAGGCAACUACAUUUAAAAAAAUGCAUUUACUGUUUUGCAAACGGCCACAGACUUCUGUGUCUUGUGAAAUCUGUUUUUGAAAAUCAACAACAUUGUUCCAUAGAAUGCUUGUAUGCGUUUGAGAAAAACUUUAAGUGAAAUAAAACUGUGUGUGUGUGUGUGUGUGUGUGUGUGUGUGUGUGGUGUGUGUGGUGUGUGUGUGGUGUGUGUGUGUGGUGUGUGUGUAUGUGUGUGUGUGGUGUGUGUGGUGUGUGUGUGGUGUGUGUGUGGUGUGUGUGUGUGGUGUGUGUGGUGUGUGUGUGUUUGUGUGUGUGUGUGGGUGUGUGGUGUGUGUGGUGUGUGUGGUGUGUGUGUGGUGUACGUUUAUUUUAGUGUAGAAAUCACUUGGCUCCAAAGAAAACUACCCAAGGAAAACCCUGAAAAUAUUGGCAAAGAUUGGCAAAAUAACAUCGGUGGUGGAGUGGCAUGGUGAGGGGGCUGAGAGAGAGAGAGAGAGAGAGAGAGAGAGAGAGAGAGAGAGAGAGAUAGAGAUAGAAGAGAGAGAGAGAUCUCUCUCUCUCUCUCUCUGCCUCUCUCUCUCUCUCUCUCUCCUGUCUCUCUCUCUCGACUCUCUCUCUCUCUGCUCGCUCUCCUCUCUCUCUCUCUCUCUCUCUCUCUCACUCUCUCAUCUCUCUCGCUGCUUCUCUCCUCUCUCUCUCUCUCUCUCCUCUCGCGCGAGGCUAAUACCCUAGUCUGAUCCCUCUCCCCCCUUUCGGACUAUCGAGACUACUCAUUGGAGAGACUAUCGAGAGAGAGAGACUUGUAGGAGGCUGGACUGAACUGCUUUACACAACCCCUUUAAGAGGGCUCUAAGCUCCUUCCCUCUCUUACUGACUGCCUGCCUGGUUGACUGACUGAGUAGCUAUUACCCAAGCACAUCAACAUCCGAGAGCAUAUCCUCAAUGAAACAGAAAGGUGUUUCAAUGGAGCCCCUAUCGUCAGAUCCCUUUAGACUAAGAUCUCUUUCUCCCCCUACAUCUUAACAGAGGUUUUAAUCUCAAUGUGGCAUCCAUCUUUAAAAAGUAAUACUAACUAUGCUAUACUAGAUUAGAGCCUUACUGGGUUUGCCUUAAACCUCCUUAGAGCUGCGAUCAUGUCAAAUGACACCAUUCUAUGUUUAAUAAAGAUACUCAGACUCUGAAGGAAACUUUCAAGGCCGGCUUCAAGGAAUACUUCUGGAUUUUGAAGGAAGUUAGAGGUAGUUUUGUGAGCCAAUGCUAACUAGCGUUAGCGCAAUAGAUACCCAUAGACCUCCAGUCAUUGCGCUAGCGCUAGUUAGCAACUUCCUUCAUACUGCACACAGAGACAUACACAUGGUAUCCACGAGUUCAUCUGACUCUGGGGAAGUAGACAAAAGGGCUUCAUUGCCAAAAUCCCAAAGUAUCCAUGUAACCUUUUUCAGAUGUUCUCGGGGAUCGGAUGAGGCGCCUAAACAUAUUCCAGUUAUUGGAAGUAUUGAUCACUAUUUAGUGUUGGCUUGGUUAUGGGUGACGUCCUGACCACUGCUACCACUCAACACCACAGCCCUGAGUACUGUGCCCCUGACAUCCUGGCCUUUCCUCUGCUCUACUGUACCAUGUAAAGGUAGGGUUGGGCUUAGUUUUGUAGAAGUUAGCACCCUGUCUCUGGAUCUGCCCCUGCAGGCUGCUGCCUCUCUGUUUCCCCACAUCCUCUCUUUCUCUGCCAUCCUAGGACCCUCCUCUAUGGUACCAUAGUAUCUCUGCCAUCCUAGGACCCUCCUCUAUGGUACCAUAGUAUCUCUGCCAUCCUAGGACCCUCCUCUACGGUACCAUAGUAUCUCUGCCAUCCUAGGACCCUCCUCUAUGGAACCAUAGUAUCUCUGCCAUCCUAGGACCCUCCUCUAUGGUACCAUAGUAUCUCUGCCUUCCUAGGACCCUCCUCUAUGGUACCAUAGUAUCUCUGCCAUCCUAGGACCCUCCUCUACGGUACCAUAGUAUCUCUGCCAUCCUAGGACCCUCCUCUAUGGUACCAUAGUAUCUCUGCCAUCCUAGGACCCUCCUCUACGGUACCAUAGUAUCUCUGCCAUCCUAGGACCCUCCUCUAUGGUACCAUAGUAUCUCUGCCAUCCUAGGACCCUCCUCUAUGGUACCAUAGUAUCUCUGCCAUCCUAGGACCCUCCUCUAUGGUACCAUAGUAUCUCUGCCAUCCUAGGACCCUCCUCUAUGGUACCAUAGUAUCUCUGCCAUCCUAGGACCCUCCUCUAUGGUACCAUAGUACUCUGCCAUCUAGGACCCUCCUCUAUGGUACCAUAGUAUCUCUGCCAUCCUAGGACCCUCCUCUAUGGUACCAUAGUAUCUCUGCCAUCCUAGGACCCUCCUCUACGGUACCAUAGUAUCUCUGCCAUCCUAGGACCCUCCUCUACGGUACCAUAGUAUCUCUGCCAUCCUAGGACCCUCCUCUACGGUACCAUAGUAUCUCUGCCAUCCUAGGACCCUCCUCUACGGUACCAUAGUAUCUCUGCCAUCCUAGGACCCUCCUCUAUGGUACCAUAGUAUCUCUGCCAUCCUAGGACCCUCCUCUAUGGUACCAUAGUAUCUCUGCCAUCCUAGGACCCUCCUCUAUGGUACCAUAGUAUCUCUGCCAUCCUAGGACCCUCCUCUACGGUACCAUAGCAUCGGGUAGCUCUUCCAUUCCUUUACCUGCUACAAUACCAUGAUACUGACCCCAGGCCCUGUGCCUCUGCCUCUCUGUUUCCCCCACAUUGUCGAACAGCCACGUACUCACCACAUCACGCUGAUGGCAGAGAGAGGGGAAGGCUGAUGGAAGAGAGAGGGGAAGGCUGAUGGCAGAGAGAGGGUAAGGCUGAUGGCAGAGAAAGGGGAAGGCUGAUGGCAGAAAGAGGAGAAGGCUGAUGCAGAGAUAAAGGAAGGCUGAUGCAGAGGGAGGGGUAGGCUGAUGGCAGAGAAAGGGGAAGGCUGAUGGCAGAGAGAGGGGAAGGCUGAUGGCAGAGAGAGGGGAAGGCUGAUGGCUGAGAGAGGGAAAGGCUGAUGGCAGAGAAAAGGGAAGGCUGAUGGCAGAAAGAGGAGAAGGCUGAUGGCUGAGAGAGGGAAAGGCUGAUGGCAGAGAAAGGGGAAGGCUGAUGGCAGAAAGAGGAGAAGGCUGAUGCAGAGAUAAAGGAAGGCUGAUGCAGAGAGAGGGGUAGGCUGAUGGCAGAGAGAGGGUAGGCUGAUGGUAGAGAGAGCAAAACUUCCUCUGUUGUUUUUACAGCAAAGUACUCCAGAUGAUGGUUUCAUACGCUGCUGCAGUGCUUGAGGAAUCAGAUGGAACUUCACCUCUGCUAGUCUUGUGCUUGUGUUUGUGCGUUUGUGUGUGUGUGUGUGUGUGUGUGUGUGGUGUGGGGGGGGGGGUGUGUGUGUGUGUGUUGUGUGUUUUACUCUGAUGCUGCUUUGUGACCGGCCAUCACGUGCUUCCUGCUGGCCAGCCGUGCCAAGUUCACACAGGGUGCAUCCCAAAUGGCCAGCCGUCCCAAAUGGCCAGCCGUCCCAAAUGGCCAGCCGUCCCAAAUGGCACCCUUUUUACUAUAUAGUGCACAAUCUUUGACCAGGGCAGUGCAGGGGCAGAGACAGAGGCUCCCUCCCUCUCUCCCAAAUGGCACCCUAUUCUAUAUACAGUUCAUUCGGAAAGUAUCCAGACCCCUUCACUUUGUCCACAUUUUGUGUUGUUGUUAGAUUGAUGAGGGGGGGAAAACAGUUUAAUAAAUUUUAGAAUAAGGCUGUAACGUAAAACAUUUUGGGAAAAAUGAAGGGGGUCUGAAUACUUUCUGAAGGCACUGUGUAGUGCACUACUUUUGACCAGGACCCAUAGCAACAAAGUAGUGCAGUAUGUAGGGGGAAGGGUGCCAUUUGGGAUGUAGCCAUAGAGUGGUGAGGGCCAACGGAGGGAGGCCGGGAUUGGCCUCUUGGUUACAGUCGUUACUUUAGUUACUUUAAUGUUGGUAUGAGCGUGGUGAGGCGUGUGUGUGUGUGUGUGUGUAUGUGUGUGUGUGUGUGUGUGUGUGUGUGUGUGUGUGUGUGUGUGUGCGUGUGUGUGUGUGUGUGUGUGUGUGUGUGUGUGUGUGUGUGUGUGUGUGCAUGCGGAGUGGAAACACAUAACCUGGUUUUCUCAGCUGCCAUGCCAUCUGAAUGAACAAAGACAGUGUGUGUUCCUAACAUGAGGAAGUGGAUACAGUACGCUCAGGGAGCCCACCCUGCCUUACCCUACCUUACCCUACCUUACCCUGCCCUACCCUACCUCACCCUACCUUACCCUGCCCUACCCUACCCUGCCCUACCCUACCUCACCCUACCUUACCCUUCCCUACCCUACCUCACCCUACCUUACCCUGCCCUACCCUACCCUACCUUACCCUUCCCUACCCUACCUUAACCUACCUUACCCUGCCCUACCCUACCUUACCCUGCCCUACUCUACCUUACCCUGCCCCACUUUACCCUGCUCUGCCCUACUCUACCCUACUCUAACCUACUCUACCCUGCUCUGCCCUACUCUACCCUACUCUACCCUACUCUACCCUGCUCUGUCCUACUCUACCCUGCUCUACCCUGCUCUGCCCUACUCUACCCUGCUCUGCCACACUCUACCCUGCUCUGCCCUACUCUACCCUGCUCUGCCCUAAUCUACCCUGCCUGCACUACCUUACCCUUCCCUACUUUACCCUGCUCUGCCCUACUCUACCCUGCUCUAACCUACUCUGCCCUACUCUACCCUGCUCUGCCCUACUCUGCCCUACUCUUCCCUACUUACCCUGUCUGCCUACUCUACCGCCCUCUCUGCCCUACUCCUACUUUACCUGCUCUGCCUACUCUGCCCCCCUACUUUUCCCUACUCUUCCCUCUCCUGCUUUUCCCCUCUACCCUGCUCUGCCCUACUCUAUCCCCCCCCUGCUUUACCCUGCUCCCCUACAAAAACCCCGCUCUGCCCUCCUACCCUGCUCUGCCCUACUCUACCCUCUCCCCUGCUCUACCUCCCCUUUCCAAACCCUGCUCUGCCCUACUCUCCCUCUCUACCCUGCCUCCCCCGCUCUAACCCUGCUCUGCCCUACCCCUAUCCUGCUCUGCCCUGCUUCCCUGCUCCCCUGCUCUACCCUACCCCCUUCCCCUUUUUACCCUGCUCUGCCCUACCCCCUUACCCUGCUCUACCCUCUCUAACCCUACCUAACCCUGCUCUCCCUCUUAACCCCCUCUCCUGCCUACUACCCUCCUUUUCCCUGCUCUACCUCUCCCCUCUCAAAACUCCUGCUCUACCCCUCCUGCCCUCUCUACCCCUCCCUCCUCUCCCCUUCCUGCUACCCUGCUCACCCUCUCAAAACCCUCCUUUAAACCCCUGCUCUCCCUGCUCUAAUCCCUUUGCCCCCCUGCUCUACCGCCUCUACCCUGCUCUCCCUCCUACCCUCUCAAAACCCUGCUCUACCCUGCUCCCCCUACCCUACUCUAACCCUGCUCUACCCCUCCCCUCUCUGCCCUGCUCAAACCCCCUGCCCUGCUCUGCCCUGCUCUAACCCCCCUCUCAAACCUCUCCCCUGCUCUCCCUAACCCCUCCCUGCUCUACCUACUCUCCCCCUUUUAAAACCCUGCUCUCCCUCUUUUCCCUCUCGCCCUGCUCAAACCCUCCCCUGCUCUGCCCCACCCCUGCUCUACCCCUACUCUAACCCUCUCUAUCCCUCCUCCCCACCCUUGCUCUAAACCCUACUCUACCCUCCUACCCUCUCCUCCUCCUUUUCCCUCUCUCCCUUUCCUACCCCUGCCUAACCCUCUCUACCUCUCCCUCUCUACCCUCCUCCCUGCCCUACCCUUCUCUAACCCUCUCAAACCCUCUCUCCCCCUACCCUACUCUCCUCAAACCCUCUCCCCUUACCCUCUCUCCUCUCUACCCUACUCUACCCCUCUCCCCUCUCUACCCUGCUCUACCCCUCUACCCUACCCUGCCAUACCCCCUAACAUCUUUAAAAACCCCAAAAACCCCCAAAAAACUACCCCCCUUCCCUCUUUUCCCUCUCUAACCCCUACCCUGCUCUGCCCUCCCCCCGUCUGCCCUGCUCUACCCUACUCUCUACCCUCUCUAAACCCGCCUCCGCCCUCUCUACCACUCCUAUACCCUGCUCCCACCUACCCCUCUACCCCUUAACCCUCUCUACCCUCCUAAACUCUGCCCUAAACCCUGCUCUCCCUACUCUACCCUGCUCAAACCCUCUCUGCCCUACCCCCUGCCCAAAAGCCCUUCUCUACCCUACCCCACCCUCUCUACCCUAUUACCCUGCUCUACCCUCCUCCCGUUACCCUCUCCUUCCCAAACCUCUCUACCCUGCUCUCCCUACCUACCCCUAAACCCUGCUCUACAAUAACCUCCAACCUGCUCUACCCUGCUCAAACCCUUUCCCUCUCUACCCUGCUCUACCCACUGCCUUACCCUGCUCUCCCUACCUCUCUCCCUAUCCCUGCUCUGCCCUCUCUACCCCUCCCCUGCUCUACCCCUCUCUACCCUGCUCUACCCUAUCCCCUCUCCAACCCUACUCUACCCCUUUUAAACCCUUUUCUAACCCCCCCCUGUUUCCCUAUACCCGCUUCUACCCCUACUCUAACCCUCUCUACCCUGCUCUCCCUCCCUACCUGCUCUAACCCCUCUACCCCUCUCCUCUCUACCCUUACCCUGCUCAACCCUACUCUCCCUGCUCAAACCCUUUUCUCCCUGCUCUACCCUCUCUACCCUCCUACUAACUAUUUACCCUCCUUCCCCCUUUUUCCCUCCCUGCUCUACCCUGCUCUCCCUACUCUCCUCCUGCCCUUACCCUGCUCUGUCCCUCUCUACCCUGCUCUACCCUCCCUCUACCCUACUCUCCCUGCUCUACCCUGUCUGCCCUACUAACCUUUUUCCCCUGCUCUAUAACCCUGCUCUCCCUACUCUCCCCUUUCUUCCCUUCCUCUCCCUACUCUGCUCCCUACUUUUCCCUACUUUUCCCCUGCUCUCCCUGCUCUUAACCCCUGCCCCCUCUCAUCCCUCUGCCCUGCUUUACCCCUCUCUGCCUCCCUCUUAAACUACCCUGCUCUCCCUCUCAAACCCUCUUUUCCCUACUCUCCCCUGCUCUGCCCUGCUCUCCCUCCUCCAUACCCUGUCUGCCCUACUCUCCCCUACUUACCCUGCUCUGCCCUCCCAAACCCUGCUCUGGCCCUACUCUAAUCCCGCUCUCCCCUGCUCACCCGCUCUCCCUACUCUACCCUACCCCUACCCUGCCUGCCUACCCUCUCUGCCCUAUCUUCCCCUGCUCUCCCUCCCUGCUCCCCCCUUUUUCCCUCUCCUACCUAAAACCCUGCCUGCCCUCUUAACCCUGCUCUCCCUACUCAAACCACCCUGCUCUCCCUGCUCUACCAUUUUCCCCCUCUCUACCCCUCCCCUUUACCCUGUUUCCCUUGCCCUCUCUCCCUGCUCUACCCUCCCCUGCUUUUCCCUUUCUACCCUCUCCCCCCUUACCUACCCACCCGCCCCUCCUAAAACCCUUACCCGCUCAAACCCUGCUCAAAACCCUCUCUACCCUACUCUAACCCCUCCUACCCUGCUCUCCCUGCUCUCCCUCUCUCCCUCCUACACCCUGCCUACCUCUCAACCCUGCUCUGCCCUCUAACCUUGCUCUGCCCUCUCUCCCUGCUCAAACCCCUCCCUGCUCUCCCUUCUCUACCCGCUCUCCCUAUACCCCCUGCCCCCCUCUCUACCCUACUCUAACCCUGCUCUAGCCCUGCCUCCCCCCUUUUGCCCUUCUACCCACUCUACCCUGCUCUGCCCUGCCUCUACCCUCAAACCUACUCACCCUGCUCUAACCCUACUCUGCCCUUUACCCUGCUCUAUACCCUACCAAAACCCUGCCUACCCCUCUCGCCCUACUUCUACCCUGCUCUCCCUCCUUUCCCUGCUCUCCCCCUACCCUGCUCUACCCUCUCCCCUACUCUCCCUACCAUACCCUCUCUACCCUCUCUCCCCUUUCCAAACCCCCUGUUUCCCCUAUUUGCCCCUGCUCUACCCCUCUGCUCCUAUAACCCUACCCCCUACUCUACCCUCUCUACCCUACUCUACCUACUCAACCCUGCCAACCCUGCUCUCCCGCUCCCUUUCCUCCUCCCUAUACCCUACUCUACCCCUCUAACCCGGGUCUGCCUAACCUGCCUGCCUACCCCUCCAAACCACCCUGCUCUGCCCUGCCUACCUGCUCUAACCCUCCCCUAUACCCUGCUCACCCCCGCCCUAUACCCUGCCUCUCCCUAUCCCCCUGCCUAAAACCCUGCCUCCCUACCAUCCCCUGCUCUAACCCUACUCACCCUACUCUAACCCUAUUACCUGCUCAAACCCUGCUCUCCCUGCUCUACCCUCCUGCCCUAACCCUCCUUCUGCCCUACUUACCCCCUGCUCUACCCUCUCCCUACUCCCCUGCCAAACCCUGCUCUGCCUACUCUAGCCUCUACCCUCUCUCCUAAACCCUCUCUACCCUCUCAUCCCAAAACCCUCUCCCUACUCUACCUCCUACCUCCUACCCUGCUCUAACCCUGCUCUCCACCCUAACCCUGCUCUACCCUACCAAACCCUGCUCUCCCUCUCCGCCCUAACUACCCUGCUCUACCCUGCUCUACCCUGCUCUCCCUGCUCAAAACCUACCUUGCUCAACCCUAAACCCUCUUACCCUGCUCUACCCUUCCUGCCCUCUCUACCCUGCUCUAAACCCUCCCUUUUCCCUCUACCCAUCUACCCUACUCUCCUGCCUAACCCUGCUUCCCUGCUCUACCCUGCCUACCACCCGCCUAAAACCCUGCCUCCACUCUACCACCCUGCUCUAACCUGCUCAACCCUACCUACCUCCAAACCCUGCUCUGCCUCCUACCCCUCAAACCCUCUCUACCCUCUCUGCCCUAACCCUGCUCUACCCAAACUCCUGCCCUGCUCGGCCCCCCCCUACUCUAACCUGCUACCCUGGUCUCCCCUACUCACCCCUGCCCCAACCCUACUCACCCUGCUCUACCCUGCUCCCCCCCUUCACCCACCAAACCCUCCUAACCCUGCCUGCCCUGCUCAACCCUACUCUCCCCUUUCCCCUGCUUUUCCCUAUCUACCCUGCUCUGCCCUGCUCUACCCUCCUCCCUGCUCUCCCUGCUCUCCCUGCCUCCUAUAAAAACUACCCUACUCUACCCUGCUCUCCUGCUCUAAACCCUCUCUAAACCCUCUCUCCCUGUUCCCUGCUCUAAAACCCUCUCUCCCUGCUCAAACCCUCCCUACCCCUCUACCCCCUGCCUCCUGCCCUCUCUCCCUGCUCUCCACUUCCUGCUCUCCCUCUCUCCCUACCCCCGCUCUACCCUGCUCUGCCCUGCUCUACCCUACUCAAACCCUACUCAAUACCCUGCUCAAACCCUGCUCAAAACCCUUUGCUCUAACCCUACUCUACCCUGCCUCUACCCUGCUCUACCCCUGCUCUACCCUCCCCUGCCCUAUACCCUGCUCUAACCCUGCUCUACCCUACUCUACCCUGCUCUACCCUACUCUACCCUGCUCUGCCCUGCUCUACCCUGCUCUACCCUACUCUACCCUGCUCUACCCUGCUCUACCCUGCUCUACCCUACUCUACCCUACUCUGCCCUAUACCCUGCUCUGCCCUACUCUACCCUACUCUACCCUGCUCUACCCUGCUCUACCCUGCUCUGCCCUGCUCUACCCUGCCUGCCCUGCUCUGCCCUACUCUACCCUGCCUCUCUACCCUACUCUGCCCUAUAACCUGCUCUGCCCCUAACUCUACCCUACUCUACCCUGCUCUACCCUGCUCUACCCUGCUCUGCCCUGCUCUACCCUGCCUGCCCUGCUCUGCCCUGCUCUACCCUGCCUGCCCUGCUCUGCCCUGCUCUGCCCCUGCCCUGUAGUGUAUUGUUAUACAGCAUCCUCUGCCUGCCAAUGAGCCCCUAACCCCCUUCCUUCUUGAGUUUCAUAAUCUGUUGUAGCUCCUCAAUGUUAAUAGUGUUUCACGAGAGACUAUAUUCCAUCAAAUCAUAGCUAGGUUUCCAUCCAAUUGUCGACAGAUUUUCAGAAAAUAGCUAAUUUUCCCACCAGUGGUGUGUUUCCACCAAAUUAACUUUUUCCAGAUAAAAAUCAGUGUGUAAACAUGCGCAUCUUCACACCAGUAGCUAGGUUUCCAUCCAAUUGGCGACAUAUUUUCAUUCAAAUAUUCUAAAAUCUGCUUUAAAAACAAUAUGUACAUUUUCCCACCAGAGAUGUUUCCAUCACAUUGACUUGUUGCAGGUAAAAGGCUGUGCGUGAUGAUUUAGUGCACAUAAAAAUUACCUGGGGUUAAAUUCCCACGUACCGAAUAUAAAAUACAAGUUAAAUGGAUUUCCAUUGCAUUUACAAGUCUACUAAUGGUUUUCUCACAAAGAAAUGUGUGUUAUAUAGUGAGUGUGCCCAAUCUGGUAUUGGCACAUGCGUACCAGACAACAGCACGCCGGGAGCCGAUUGCGCGCUGUUUGAUAGAGCGCACGUAUAGUCUACGUGAUGAGAUGAUUAUGGUUAAAAGGGCAAGAUUAUUUGUAUUUGUCAAACGGCAGACAAGCGUCAAUCAUCAUGUCACCAGAAUAAGACUCUCAAUAUUUAUUGGAAAGGAGCAUCAAGCUCAUCACAGCGGGGGCUGUGCUUUGGCAGAGUGGGUGGGGUUAUAUCCUUCCUGUUUGGCCCUGUCCGGGGGUUUCUUCGGAUGGGGCCACAGUGUCUCCGGACCGCUCCUGUCUCAGCCUCCAGUAUUUAUGCUGCAGUAGUUUAUGUGUCGGGGGGCUGGGGUUAGUUGGUUAUACCUGGAGUACUUCUCCUGUCUUAUCCAGUGUCCUGUGUGAAUUUAAGUAUGCUCUCUCUAAUUCUCUCGUUCUCCCUCUUUCUCUCUGAGAACCUGAGCCCUAGGACCAUACGUCAGGACUACCGGGCAUGAUGACACCCUUGCUGUCCCCAGUCCGCCUGGCCUUGCUGCUAUUCCAGUUUCAACUGUUUCUGCCUGCGGUUACGAAACCCCUACCUGUCCCAGACCUGCUGUUUUCAACUCUUAAUGAUCGGCUAUGAAAGCCAACUGAGAGACCUGAGCCCUAGGACCAUACGUCGGGACUACCGGCCGUGGUGACUCCUUGCUGUCCCCAGUCCGCCUGGCCUUGCUGCUAUUCCAGUUUCAACUGUUCUGCCUGCGGUUAUGGAACCCCUACCUGUCCCAGACCUGCUGUUUUCAACUCUUAAUGAUCGGCUAUGAAAAGCCAACUGAGAUUUUAUUCCUGAUUAUUAUUUGACCAUGCUUGUCACUUAUGAACAUUUUUUGAACAUCUUGGCAUGGUUCUGUUAUAAUCUUCACCCCGGCACAGCCAGAAGAGGACUGGCCACCCCUCAUAGCCUGGUUCCUCUCUAGGUUUCUUCCUAGGUUUUCGCCUUUCUAGGGAGUUUUUCCUAGCCACCGUGCUUCUACACCUGCAUUACUAGCUGUUUGGGGUUUUAGGCUGGGUUUCUGUACAGCACUUCGAGAUAUUAGCUGAUGUAAGAAGGGCUAUAUAAAAUAAAAUUGAUUGAUUGAUUGAUCACCGUGCACUUUCACCACCCUGUGAACUUCAUUAUAACUUAUUUCAUCUGUAGACUAAUAAACUGCAUGGUUUCCCGAGUCGUAGUGGGAGGACCACACACCGUAUCAUCGCGUGACUCCAAUUCACUUCGAUAUGAUGGUUAUCAUAUCAAUAUUUGUGCAUGAAGGCGUUUUCCACCGCCAUUUCUCGCGUAAUUAAUUUUACAGACACAAAAAGAUCCCACUAUGUCGAAGGAACAAAUUGGUAUGACUUUACUGGCAUUAAAAACUGGAAACGUGGUUACUGUCUACCCUUACCAUCUCCUCUCCUUCGCAACAGGUGAACAACAACGGUCUGGUCUCGUUCCUCAGAGAGGUGUCUCAGUUCACACCCGUGGCGUUUCCCAUCGCUGGCGACCGGAGGGUUGUGGCGCCGUUCUGGGCUGACGUGGACAACCGGCGGGCCGGGCAGGUCUUCUACCGGGAGAGUAGAGACCCAUCCGUCCUUCAGAGGGCCACGGCUGACGUCAAACGAUACUUCUCUGAGUUCCCAGAGUUCACUGCAACAUGGAUCCUCAUCUCAACGUGGCACAAAGUCACCUUCUUUGGGGGAAGUGACUUCACACCGGUAGGAUUCUCAACAUAUCAAAUGUAUUUACUGUGUGUCAACAGUGCUUAACAGUAACUCAGCCUGGGUCUGCAAGACCCAAGCGGUAGUGGGAAGGAAAAACUCCCCAAACUCAUUGUUGAAUGACAGGGGAGAGAAAGGGUUAAAUUUGGCAGACACUCUUAAGAGACGUAUGAAUAUUGUUAAUAUUCAACAUACUGUAUGUAACCAGUUGUCCUCUGUGCAGGUGAAUACGUUCCAAUUGGUGCUGAUCACCAACGGAGAGCUAUCCUUCACCAUCUUCCAGUACCAUGACAUCACCUGGACCACAGGCAUGCACGCCAGCAGUGGAGGGGGACCUGGCAGGGCUAGUGAGUGCAUCGCUGCACAGGUAAGAUCAGCAGAGACUGGUCCUCAAAAAUCCUGGCUUGGUUGGUUGGUUGGUUGUUUGGUUGUUUCGUUGUUGGUUGGUUGGCUUGGUGGUUGGUUGGUUGGAUUGGUUUGUUUGGUGGUUAGGGUUGGUUGGGUUUGGUUGGUUUUGGGUUGGGUUUGGGUUUGGUUUGGGGUUGGGUUUGGGUUUGGGUUUUGGUUUGGUUUGGGUUGGGUUGGGGGGGUGGGGGGGGGUUGGUUUGGUUUUUGUUUUGGGUUUGGGUUUGGGUUGGGUUUUGGUUCUUGGUUUUUUGUUGUGUUUUUUUUGGUUUUUUUGGGGUUGGGGGGGGGCGGGGGGGGUUUUGGGCGGGCCCCGGGCCCGGGGGGGGGGGGGGGGACCCCCCUUUCCCCCCCCCCCUUCCCCGGCUCCCUCCGCGCCCCCCCCCCCCUCCCCCCCUCUCUCUGCUCCCUUCCUCCCCUCUCCCCCCUUCCCCCUUUUUCUUUUCCUCUUUUCCCUUAAAUCCCCCCCUUUUUCCCAUCCUCUCCUCUUUUUUCUUUUUUUCUUUCCCCCCGGUCCCUCCCCCCCCCUCCCGCGCUCUCCCCCUCUCUCCUUCUUUCUCUCCCCCUUUCCUCUUCUUCCUUUUCUCGUUUUUUUUUGCCGCUUUAAAAAACCCCUUUUCCCUUUAAAUUUUGUUUUUUCCCCCUCCCCUUUUUCGUUCCCCCCACUUUUUUUAUCCUCCCGGAACGGGUAAAGUCCCCAAAACCCCCCCCUUCUCCCCCCUUUUUAAAGGGUCAUUUUUCCCUUUUAGGUCUUUAGAUUUUUAUUUUUCCCCAAAAAAUUUUUUUUUAAAAAACCGGGUUUGGGAAAAUAUUUUAAAAAACGAAGAAUAAUUUGGGGAACUUUUUAAUUUUAAACCUUAAAAUAAUUCAAUGAAAGGGUUCCCCACCCCUUUUAAAAAGUUUUAAGGGCGAAAAUUCUUUCCCCAAAAAAUCACCCCCCCCUUUCCCCCCGGGGUAAAGGGGGCCAAAAAAGGGGGGUUACCAGGGGGGUCCCGGGUUUUUAAAAAUUUCCCCCCAAAAACCCCAGGUUUUUGGAUGGCUUUUCCAAAUGGGCCCUGGUUUUAAAAAGUUUUUUAAACAAAAUUUAACCCCUAUUUAUUUGGAUAGAUUUUAAAUUUUUUUUUGGGGAAUUUCUUUCCCUUUUUGAAUUGUGUUUCCCCCUCCUGGGAAGUUUUUUAAAAAGGGGGGCCCGGGAAAAAAUUAAAGGGGUUUUUUGGGAUUUUUUUUGGGUUUUUAAGGGAAAAAAGUAGGGGGAAUUUUUGGGUUGUUUUUUUUUUUCGGUUUUUUUUUUUUAGGUGGUUUUUUGGGCGGUUUUUGUUCAUUCAUUUGCCCCCAAAUUUUUUUUUAAAUUUUCAUUUUUUCUUUUUUUGAAAAAAUGUGUUGGGGGAAUUUGGCCCCCUUUUUCAAUUAAAAAGGUUUUUUAUUUGGCCCCUUUUGGGGCUUUUCAAGGAAAAUGAUUGGGAAAAAGGGGACUGUUAAUUAACCAAACCCAAAACCUCUUGCCUCCCUCCCCCUCCACUUUUUCUACCCUCCCCUUUCCUCACUCCCUAAUUUUUUCCUUUCUCUCCUCACUAACUAACUGUUCUACUCUCCUCAUUUAACUAACUUUUCCCUACUCCCCUCCUAAAUAACUAACUGUUCUACCCUCUCCUCUUCCUAACUAACUGUUCUAUCUCUCCUCUUCCCCUAACUAACUGUUCUAUUCUCCCCUCACUCCCAAACCUGUUCUAUCUCUCCUUUUUCACUAACUAACCUGUUCUAUCUCUCCUCCUCACUAACUAAUGUUUUUGUUUUUUCUCCCUCACAAACUAACUGUUCAAAACCUCUCCUCCUCACUAACUCCCCGUUUCUUUCCCCUUCACUAACUAACUUUUCAAAACCUCUCCCCUCACUAAAAACUAAUUUUCUUUCAAUCUUUUCUCCUCACAACUAACUUUUUCUAUCCCCUCCCCUAAACUAACUAACUUUUCAAAUCCCCUUCCCCUCAUAACUAACUGUUCUAUCUCUCCUCCUCACUAAUUUAACUGUUCAUCUUUUCUCCCACUAACUAACUGUUUUUCCCUUUUCCGCCUCACAACCCUAACUUUUUUCUGUUUUUCUCCUCCUCACAAACCCUAACUUUUCUAUCUCCCCUCCUCACUUACUAACUGUUUAUCUCUCCCUCACUACAACUUUUUCUGUCUUUUCCACCUCACUAACAAACUUUUCUAUCCCCCCUCUUCUAACUAACUAACUGUUUUAUAGUACUCUCCCUCCUCCUCACUAAACUAACUGUUCUGUCUCUCCUCACUAACUAAAACUGUUCUGUCUCUCCACCUCACUACUCCACUUAAGUUCUAUCUCCUCCUCUUCACUAAACUAACUGUUCUAUCUCUCCUCUUCACUAACUAACUGUCUGUCUCAUCCUCCUCACUAACGAACCGUUCUGUAAUCUCACUCCACUAACUAACCUGUAUUCUAUCUCUCCUCCUCCUCACCUAACCUAACGGUGUUCUAACCCUUCCUCCUCCCCUCCACUAAAACUAACUGUUCUAUCUCUCCUACUCACGAACUAACUGUUCUUAUAUCUCCUCCUCACUAACUACCUGUUAUAAUCUACCCUCCUCACUAACUAACUGUUCUAUCUCUCCUCCUCACUAACUAACUGUUCUAUCUCUCCUCCUCACUAACUAACUGUUCUAUCUCUCCUCCUCACUAACUACCUGUUAUCUCUCCUCCUCACUAACUAACUGUUCUAUCUCUCCUCCUCACUAGCUAACUUUUCUGUCUCUCCUCCUCACUAACUAACUGUUCUAUCUCUCCUACUCACUAACUAACUGUUCUAUCUCUCCUCCUCACUAGCUAACUUUUCUGUCUCUCCUCCUCACUAACUAACUGUCCUAUCUCUCCUCACUAACUAACUGUUCUAUCUCUCCUCACUAACUAACUGUUAUCUCUCCUCCUCACUAACUAACUGUUAUCUCUCCUCCUCACUAACUAACUGUUCUGUCUCUCCUCCUCACUAACUAACUGUCCUAUCUCCCCUCACUAACUAACUGUUCUCUCCCCUCACUAACUAACUGUUCUAUCUCUCAUCCUCACUAACUAACUGUUGUAUUUUUCCUCACUAACUAACUAACUGUUCUGUCUCUGUUCUAUUGUAGAAUUGACUGUGUCCAAAAAUGUAAAAUGUAUAUAAUAUGUAUAAGAUGGAAGUAGAGGCCUAAGCGUUGUUGUUCACUAGUUUACUCCAAUUAUGGAAGGGGUGGUGGGGUUGGAAAGUAAUAAAGGGAAAUAUAUAUUUUUAAAGUAUAUGUACAGUGAGGGAAAAAAGUAUUUGAUCCCCUGCUGAUUUUGUAUGUUUGCCCACUGACAAAGACAUGAUCAGUCUAUAAUUUUAAUGGUAGGUUUAUUUGAACAGUGAGAGACAGAAUAACAACAACAAAAUCCAGAAAAACGCAUGUAAAAAAUGUUAGAAAUUGAUUUGCAUUUUAAUGAGGGAAAUAAGUAUUUGACCCCUCUGCAAAACAUGACUUAGUACUUGGUGGCAAAACCCUUGUUGGCAAUCACAGAGGUCAGACGAAUCUUGUAGUUGGCCACCAGGUUUGCACACAUCUCAGGAGGGAUUUUGUCCCACUCCUCUUUGCAGAUCUUCUCCAAGUCAUUAAGGUUUCGAGGCUGACGUUUGGCAACUCGAACCUUAUGAUAUGAUAUGAUAUGCCAUUUAGCAGACGCUUUUAUCCAAAGCGACUUACAGUCGUGCGUGCAUACAUUUUUGUGUAUGGGUGGUCCCGGGGAUCGAACCCACUACCUUGGCGUUACAAGCACCGUGCUCUACCAGCUGAGCUACAGAGGACCACACCUUCAGCUCCCUCGUCAGAUUUUCUAUGGGAUUAAGGUCUGGAGACUGGCUAGGCCACUCCAGGACCUUAAUGUGCUGCUUCUUGAGCCACUCCUUUGUUGCCUUGGCCGUGUGUUUUGGGUCAUUGUCAUGCUGGAAUACCCAUCCACGACCCAUUUUCAAUGCCCUGGCUGAGGGAAGGAGGUUCUCACCCAAGAUUUGACGGUACAUGGCCCCGUCCAUCGUCCCUUUGAUGCGGUGAAGUUGUCCUGUCCCCUUAGCAGAAAAACACCCCCAAAGCAUAAUGUUUCCACCUCCAUGUUUGACGGUGGGGAUGGUGUUCUUGGGGUCAUAGGCAGCAUUCCUCCUCCUCCAAACACGGCGAGUUGAGUUGAUGCCAAAGAGCUCCAUUUUGGUCUCAUCUGACCACAACACUUUCACCCAGUUCUCCUCUGAAUCAUUCAGAUGUUCAUUGGCAAACUUCAGACGGGCCUGUAUAUGUGCUUUCUUGAGCAGGGGGACAUUGCGGGCACUGCAGGAUUUCAGUCCUUCACUGCGUAGUGUUACCAAUUGUUUUCUUGGUGACUAUGGUCCCAGCUGUCUUGAGAUCAUUGACAAGAUCCUCCCGUGUAGUUCUGGGCUGAUUCCUCACCGUUCUCAUUAUCAUUGCAACUCCACGAAGUGAGAUCUUGCAUGGAGCCCCAGGCCGAGGGAGAUUGACAGUUAUUUUGUGUUUCUUCCAUUUGCGAAUAAUCACACCAACUGUUGUCACCUUCUCACCAAGCUGCUUGGCCAUGGUCUUGUAGCCCAUUCCAGCCUUGUGUAGGUCUACAAUCUUGUCCCUGACAUCCUUGGAGAGCUCUUUGGUCUUGGCCAUGGUGGAGAGUUUGGAAUCUGAUUGAUUGAUUGCUUCUGUGGACAGGUGUCUUUUAUACAGGUAACAAAUUGAGAUUAGGAGCACUACCUUCAAGAGUGUGCUCCUAAUCUCAGCUCGUUACCUGUAUAAAAGACACCUGGGAGCCAGAAAUCUUUCUGAUUGAGAGGGGGUCAAAUGCUUAUUUCACUCAUUAAAAUGCAAAUCAAUUUAUAACAUUUUUGACAUGCGUUUUUCUGGAUUUUUUUGUUGUUAUUCUGUCUCUCACUGUUCAAAUAAACCUACCAUUAAAAUUAUAGACUGAUCAUUUCUUUGUCAGUGGGCAAACGUAAAAAAUCAGCAGGGGAUCAAAUACUUUUUUCCCUCACCGUAUAUAUACAGUGGGGAGAACAAGUAUUUGAUACACUGCCGAUUUUGCAGGUUUUCCUACUUACAAAGCAUGUAGAGGUCUGUCAUUUUUAUCAUAGGUACACUUCAACUGUGAGAGACGGAAUCUAAAACAAACAUCCAGAAAAUCACAUUGUAUGAUUUUUAAGUAAUUAAUUUGCAUUUUAUUGCAUGACAUAAGUAUUUGAUACAUCAGAAAAGCAGAACUUAAUAUUUGGUACAGAAACCUUUGUUUGCAAUUACAGAGAUCAUACGUUUCCUGUAGGUCUUGACCAGGUUUGCACACACUGCAGCAGGGAUUUUGGCCCACUCCUCCAUACAGACCUUCUCCAGAUCCUUCAGGUUUCGGGGCUGUCGCUGGGCAAUACAGACUUUCAGCUCCCUCCAAAGAUUUUCUAUUGGGUUCAGGUCUGGAGACUGGCUAGGCCACUCCAGGACCUUGAGAUGCUUCUUACGGAGCCACUCCUUAGUUGCCCUGGCUGUAUGUUUCGGGUCGUUGUCAUGCUGGAAGACCCAGCCACGACCCAUAUUCAAUGCUCUUACUGAGGGAAGGAGGUUGUUGGCCAAGAUCUCGUGAUACAUGGCCCCAUCCAUCCUCCCCUCAAUACGGUGCAGUCAUCCUGUCCCCUUUGCAGAAAAGCAUCCCCAAAGAACCUCCAUGCUUCACGGUUGGAAUAGUGUUCUUGGGGUUGUACUCAUCCUUCUUCUUCCUCCAAACACAGCGAGUGGUUUAGACCAAAAAGCUCUAUUUUUGUCUCAUCAGACCACAUGACCUUCUCCCAUUCCUCCUCUGGAUCAUCCAGAUGGUCAUUGGCAAACUUCAGACGGGCCUGGACAUGCGCUGGCUUGACAUUACAAUGUGAUUUUCUGGAUUUUUAUUUUAGAUUCCGUCUCUCACAGUUGAAGUGUACCUAUGAUAAAAAUUACAGACCUCUACAUGCUUUGUAAGUAGGAAAACCUGCAAAAUCGGCAGUGUAUCAAAUACUUGUUCUCCCCACUGUAUGUAUGUACAGUUGAAGUCAGAAGUUUACAUACACCUUAUCCAAAUACAUUUAAACUCAGUUUUUCACAAUUCCUGACAUUUAAUCCUAGUAAAAAUUCCCUGUCUUAGGUCAGUUAGGAUCACCACUUUAUUUUAAGAAUGUGAAAUGUCAGAAUAAUAGUAGAGAGAAUGAUUUAUUUCAGCUUUUAUUUCUUUCAUCACAUUCCCAGUGGGUCAGAAGUUUACAUACACUCAAUUAGUAUUUGGUAGCAUUGCCUUUAAAUUGUUUAACUUGGGUCAAACGUUUCGGGUAGCCUUCCACAAGUUUCCCACAAUACGUUUUGUGAAUUUUGGCCCACUCCUCCUGGCAGAGCUGGUGUAACUGAGUCAGGUUUGUAGGCCUCCUUGCUCGCACACACUUUUUCAGUUCUGCCCACAAAUUUUCUAUAGGAUUGAGGUCAGGGCUUUGUGAUGGCCACUCCAAUACCUUGACUUUGUUGUCCUUAAGCCAUUUUGCCACAACUUUGGAAGUAUGCUUGGGGUCAUUGUCCAUUUGGAAGAACCAUUUGCGACCAAGCUUUAAUUUCCUGACUGAUGUCUUGAGAUGUUGCUUCAAUAUAUCCACAUAAUAUUCCUUCCUCAUGAUGCCAUAUAUUUUGUGCACAAGUGCACCAGUCCCUCCUGCAGCAAAGCACCCCCACAGCAUGAUGCUGCCACCCCCGUGCUUCACAGUUGGGAUGGUGUUCUUCGGCUUGCAAGCGUCCCCCUUUUUCCUCCAAACGUAAUGAUGGUCAUAUAGCCAAACAGUUCUAUUUUUGUUUCAUCAGACCAGAGGACAUUUCUCCAAAAAAUACGAUCUUUGUCCCCAUGUGCAGUUGCAAACCGUAGUCUGGCUUUUUUGUGGCGGUUUUGGAGCAGUGGCUUCUUCCUUGCUGAGCGGCCUUUCAGGUUAUGUCGAUAUAGGACUCGUUUUACUGUGGAUAUAGAUACUUUUGUACCUGUUUCCUCCAGCAUCUUCACAAGGUCCUUUGAUGUUGUUCUGGGAUUGAUUUGAACUUUUCGCCCAAAGUACGUUCAUCUCUAGGAGACAGAACGCGUCUCCUUCCUGAGCGGUAUGACGGCUGCGUGGUCCCAUGGUGUUUAUACUUGCGUACUGUUGUUUGUACAGAUGAACGUGGUACCUUCAGGCGUUUGGAAAUUGCUCCCAAGGAUGAACCAGACUUGUGGAGGUCUACCAUUUUUAUUCUGAGGUCUUGGCUGAUUUCUUUUGAUUUUCCAUGAUGUCAAGCAAAGAGGCACUGAGUUUGAAGGUAGGCCUUGAAAUACAUCCACAGGUACACCUCCAAAAGACUCAAAUGAUGUCAAUUAGCCUAUCAGAAGCUUCUAAAGCCAUGACAUCAUUUUCUGGAAUUUUCCAAGCUGUUUAAAGGCACAGUCAACUUAGUGUAUGUAAACUUCUGACCCACUGGAAUUGUGAUACAGUGAAUUAUAAGUGAAAUAAUCUGUCUGUAAACAAUUGUUGGAAAAAUUACUUGUGUCAUGCGCAAAGCAGAUGUCCUAACCGACUUGCCAAAACUAUAGUUUUUUAACAAGACAUUUGUGGAGUGGUUGAAAAAUGAGUUUUAAUGACUCCAACCUAAGUGUAUGUAAACUUCCGACUUCAACUGUAUAUAUAUAUAUAUAUAUAUAUAUAUAUAUAUAUAUAUAUAUAUAUAUAUAUAUAUAUAUAUAUAUAUAUAUAUAUAUAUAUGUAUAUAUAUGUAUGUGUGUAUGUGUAUGUAUAUAUAUUUGCGAGAGAAAAAAACAUGGGGGAUUGGAAGUGAUGCAGACAAUUACAUUGAUGGAAGUUACAAUCUAUCUGCAAUAUUAAAGCUGAUCUACCCCAAUAAAGCUGAUCUACCCCAAAUACUGUUCUAUCUCCCAUUCUCACUAACUAACUGUCUAUCUCUCCUCACUAACUAACUGUUCUAUCUCUCCUCCUCACUAACUAACUGUUCUAUAUCUCCUCCUCACUAACUAACUGUUCUAUCUCUCCUCACUAACUAACUGUUCUAUCUCUCCUCCUCACUAACUAACUGUUCUAUCUCCCCUCCUCACUAACUAACUGUUCUAUCUCUCCUCCUCACUACUACUAAACCUGUUCUAGCUCUCUCCGCCCACUAACAACUGUUCUACCUCCUUCCUCCUCACAAACUAACUGCUAUAUCUCUCCCAUCCUCACUAAACUACUGGUAUAUAUCUCAUCCGUCACAAACUAAGACUGUUCGACUCUCAUCACUAACUAACUGUUCUAUCUCUCCUCCUCACUAACUAACUGUUCUAAUCUCCUCCUCACUAACUAAACUGUUCUAUCUCUUCUCCUCACUAAACUAACUGUUUCUGUCUCUCCUCCUCACUAACUAACUGUUCUCAUCUCCUCCUACCUCACUAACGAAACGCUAUAUCUCUCCUCACAGAACUAAACUGUGAAUAUCUAGCCUCCACACUAACUAACUGUUCUAUCUCUCCUCACUAACAACGGUUCUGUCUCUCCUCACUAACUAACCCUUCUAUCUCUCCACACUAACUAACUGGUCGGUUCUCUCCUCACUAACUAACCCUUCUAUAAUCCCACUAACUAUACUGUUCUGGUCUCCUCCUGCACUAACUAACCCUUAAUUCUCUUCCACAACCCCCUUAUAUCUCUCCACACUAACUAACUGUUCAGUCUGUCCUCACUAACUAACCCUUCUAUCUCUCCACACUAACUAACCCUUCUAUCUCUCCACACUAACUAACUGUUCUGUCUCUCCUCCUCACUAACUAACUGUUCUAUCUCUCCUCCUCACUAACUAACUGUUCUAUCUCUCCUCCUCACUAACUAACUGUUCUAUCUCUCCUCACUAACUAACUGUUCUAUCUCUCCUCCUCACUAACUAACUGUUCUAUCUCUCCUCCUCACUAACUAACUGUUCUAUCUCUCCUCACUAACUAACUGUUCUGUCUCUCCUCACUAACUAACCCUUCUAUCUCUCCACACUAACUAACUGUUCGGUCUCUCCUCACUAACUAACCCUUCUAUCUAUCCACACUAACUAACUGUUCGGUCUCUCCUCACUAACUAACCCUUAUAUCUCUCCACACUAACUAACUGUUCAGUCUGUCCUCACUAACUAACCCUUCUAUCUCUCCACACUAACUAACCCUUCUAUCUAUCCACACUAACUAACUGUUCUGUCUCUCCUCCUCACUAACUAACUGUUCUAUCUCUCCUCCUCACUAACUAACUGUUCUAUCUCUCCUCACUAACUAACUGUUCUGUCUCUCCUCACUAACUAACCCUUCUAUCUCUCCACACUAACUAACUGUUCGGUCUCUCCUCACUAACUAACCCUUCUAUCUCUCCACAAUAACUAACUGUUCAGUCUGUCCUCACUAACUAACCAUUCUAUCUCUCCACACUAACUAACCCUUCUAUCUCUCCACACUAACUAACUGUUCUAUCUCUCCUCACUAACUACCUGUUCUAUCUCUCCUCACUAACUAACUGUUCUGUCUCUCCUCCUCACUAACUAACUGUUCUAUCUCUCCUCCUCACUAACUACCUGUUCUAUCUCUUAUCACUAACUACCUGUUCUAUCUCUCAUCACUAACUACCUGUUCUAUCUCUCAUCACUAACUACCUGUUCUAUCUCUCAUCACUAAGUGUUCUAUCUCUCCUCCUCCUUAUGUCUAAUUAACUCUCCUCCACAGCGUCUGUGUGUCCACACCUUCGACCCUGUCUGAAUGGAGGUCGCUGUAUUGAUGACUGCAUCACCGGCAACCCUUCUUUCACCUGCUCCUGUCUUGCUGGAUUCACCGGACGGUGGUGCCAGAUAGGUCAGUCAGUGAACUUUGACCUUUGAAUCCAAUCACCCCUUGCUUGAUCCCAGUCACCCCACUACUCUGCUCAACUCUGCCUGCCUUAAAUGUCCCCCCCUGUCCAGAAACAACCCUUAGCCCCUCUCCCUGUGGGCAUCUUAGAGGAUUUGAUAGGUGGAAUUUGGGACAUAUUGCCUACACCUGUCCAAUCCUCUCAGAUCUCAAGAAGUAUUUUAGGGGUUAGUAUACGAUCUAGGGGAUAGGAGCUUAGGGGUUGUUUCAGGACAGGGCCCCACGCCCCGCCUCCUCUCUGCUGUGCUCUCGGGGAAGGGGAUAGGUGCUAGGGGUUGAUUUGGGAUUCUGGGAUCAUGCUCUGCCAGGAAAGAGAAUCAGCUUGUCAAAGCUACGUUCCACCUGACCUGCCAAGUGACAACCUGAUAAGAUAUUUCCUUUAGGGACAUCCGCUUGUAAUAGCAUACCAGGUCACUGCCAGGUCUCUCUGCUCCUCUUGCCAGGUCUCUCUGCUCCUCCUGCCAGGUCUCUCUGCUCCUCUUGCCAGGUCUCUCUGCUCCUCUGCCAGGUCUCUCUGCUCCUCCUGCCAGGUCUCUCUGCUCCUCCUGCCAGGUCUCUCUGCUCCUCCUGCCAGGUCUCUCUGCUCCUCCUGCCAGGUCUCUCUGUACCGCUCCUCUUGUCAGUCUCUCUCUCCCCUGCCAGGUCUCUCUUCUCCUCCUGGCACGGCUCCUCUCCUCCCUGCAGGUCUCUCUGCUCCUCCUGCCAGGUCUCUCUUCUCCUCCUGCCAGGUCUCUCUGCUCCUCCUGCCAGGUCUCUCUGCUCCUCCUGCCAGGUCUCUCUGCUCCUCCUGCCAGGUCUCUCUUCUCCUCCUGCCAGGUCUCUCUGCUCCUCCUGCCAGGUCUCUCUGUAACGCUCCUCUUGCCAGGUCUCUCUGUAAUACUCCUCUUGCCAGGUCUCUCUGCUCCUCUUGCCAGGUCUCUCUGCAACGCUUCUCUUGGAUAAUUCAUUACCUUCUACUAAAUCAGCCUUGGUUUUUUCUGCCUUGUAUGAGUUGACAGUAUAGUCACUCUAUCCGCCCUCAUGUCUCUCUCUCUCGGUUUCUCUCUCUCUUUCUCUCUGUAUGUUUCUGUGUGUGUGUGUGUUUCUGUGUGCUUCUGUGUGUGUGUGUGUGUGUGUGUGUGUGUGUGUGUGUGUGUGUGUGUUUCUGUGUGUGUAGAUGUAGAUGAGUGUUCGUCCGUCCCCUGUCAGAAUGGAGGUACCUGCUCAGACCAGGUUAACGGGUUCACCUGCCAGUGUCCACCUGGGUUUACAGGGACAGUCUGCCAAACAGGUACAGCACUCUCUCUACCUUCUUACUCUAACCACCUCUAACCACAUAACCAUCUAACCACAUCUACACCUCUAACCACCUCUAACCACCUCUAACCACCUCUAACCACCUCUAACCAUCUAACCACCUCUACCACCUCUAACCACCUAACCAUCUAACCACCUCUAACCACCUCUAACCACCUAACCAUCUAACCACCUCUAACCACCUCUAACCACCUAACCACAUCUACACCUCUAACCACCUCUAACCACCUAACCACAUCUACACCUCUACCACCUCUACCAUCUAACCACAAUACACCUCAACUACCCCCUCUAACCACCUCUACCACCUCUAACCACCUCUAACCUAAACCAUCUAACCACCUCUACAAACCUCUACCUACCUCUAAACCAUCUAUCCACCUCUACAACCUCUACCACCUCUACCACCUAACCAAUAACCCCAUCUCACCACCCUAACCAUCUAACCACCUCUACACAACCGUAACCCCUCUAUCACCAUCUAACCACCUCUACACCUCUAACCACCUCUAACCACCUAACCACAUCUACACCUCUAACCACCUCUAACCAUCUAACCACAUCUACACCUCUAACCACCUCUAACCACCUCUAACCACCUCUAACCACCUCUAACCACCUCUAACCAUCUAACAUCUAAACCACCCCUAAAAACAACACCUCUAACCACCAUCUAACCAUCCUAAACCACCUUCUAAAAAAACACACAUCUAACCACCUCUAACCACCUAACCAUCUAACCACAUCUAACCACCUCUAACCAUCUAACCACCUCUACACCUCUAACCACCUCUAACCAUCUAACCACCUCUACACAACCUCCUAACACCCUCUAACACACUACCACUCUCCACCUCUAAACCACCCUCUAACCAUCUAACCACAUCUACACCUCUAAUCAUCUAACCACAUCUACACCUCUAACCACCUCUAACCACCUAACCACAUCUACACCUCUAACCACCUCUAAUCAUCUAACCACCUCUAACCAUCUAACCACCUCUAACCAUCUAACCACCUCUAACCAUCUAACCACCUCUAACCACUAACCACCUCUAACCACCUCUAACCAUCUAACCACCUCUACAACCUCUAACCCCUCUAACCCACCUACACAUCUACCCCCUAACCACCUCAUAAGCAUCUAACCACAUUCUACAACAUACACCUCUAACCAUCUCUACAAACAACACUAACCAUCUAACCACAUCUACACCUCUAACCACCUCUAACCACCUAACCACAUCUACACCUCUAACCCUCUAACCACCCCUCUAACCACAUCUAACCACCUCUAACCACCUCUAACCACCUUCCUACCACCUUCUAACAUCUAAAAACACCUCUAAACCAUCUAACCACCUCUAACCAUCUACCCACCUCUAACCAUCUACCCCACCUCUUAACUCCUACCACUCUAACCACCUAACCACAUCUACACCUCUAACCACCUCUAACCAUCUAACCACAUCUACACCUCUAACCACCUCUAACCAUCUAACCACCUCUAACCACAUCUACACCUCUAACCACCUCUAACCAUCUAACCACCUCUAACCAUCUAACCACCUCUAACCACAUCUAACCACCUCUACCCACCUCUAACCGUCUAACCACCUCUAACCACCUCUAACCACCUCUAACCAUCUAACCACCUCUAACUCUAAACGCAUCUAACCACCUCUAACCACAUCUAACCACCUCUAACCAUCUAACCACCUCUAACCCUCUAACCAACUCUAACCAUCGAACCACCUCUAACCAUCUAACCAUCUAACCACCUUUAACCCUCACCAACUCUAACCCUCUAAACACUUCUAACCAUCUAACCACCUCUAACCAUCUAACCACCUUGAACCAUCUAACCAUCUCUAACCAUCUAACCAUCUAACCACCUCUAACCACCUAACCACCUCUAUUCGUUUAACCACCUCUAACAUCUAACCACCUCUAACUAUCUAACCACCUCUAUCCAUCUAACCACCUCUAACCAUCUAACCAACUCUAACUAUCUAACCACCUCUAUCCAUCUAACCACAUCUAACCAUCUAACCACCUCUAACCACCUAACCACCUCUAACCAUCUAACCACCUCUAACCAUCUAACCACAUCUAACCAUCUAACCACCUCUAACCAUCUAACCACAUCUAACCAUCUAACCACCUCUAACCACUUCUAACCAUCUAAACACCUCUAACAAUCUAACCACCUCUAACCAUCUAACCUACUCUAACCACAUCUAAACAUCUAACCACCUAUAUCCAUCUAACCACUUCUAACCACCUCUAGCCAUCUAACCACCUCUAACCCUCUAACCACCUUAACAACCGUCUAACCACCUCUAACCAUCUAACCACCUCUAACCACCUCUAACCACCUCUAACCAUCUAACCACCUCUAACCAUCUAACCACCUCUAUCCAUCUAACCACUUCUAACCACCUCUAGCCAUCUAACCACCUCUAACCCUCUAACCGUCUAACCACCUCUAACCAUCUAACCACCUCUAACCAUCUAACCAUCUCUAACCAUCUAACCAUCUAACCACCUCUAACCUCUAACCAUCUCUACCAUCUCUAACCAUCUAACCACCUCUAACCAUCUAACCAUCUCUAACCAUCUAACCACCUCUAACCAUCUAACCAUCUCUAACCAUAGAACCACUUAACCACCCUCUAAACCAUCUCUACUUACAUCCUAACCACUCAACUAACCAUCUAACUAACAGCUCUACUACCCAUCUAACCAUCUAACCAUCCACUCUAACCAUCUAACCACAUCUAACCACCUCUAACCCUCUAAUCACCUCUAACAAUCUAACCACUUCUAACCACCUCUAAUAUCUAACCACUUCUAACCACCUCUAACCACAUCUAACCAUCUAACCACCUCUAACAUCUAACCAUCACCAUGUAUUCCUCCUCCUCCUGCAAUACGACACCAUUUUAUUCCACACUAUACUGUUCUUUAUCCCAUAGUGUCUUGGCUAAUUAUAUGUUAACCUGUUAAUGCACAAACUUAAAAUGAUUUACUUGAUCUAUUCUAUAACUUUGAGCCUUAAGUUCAGCUCCUUUACCAUUAUGUCCAAUUCCUCUUUCCUCUCUGUACUUCUCUGUCCCACUCUCCUGUCCUCUCUGUUCCCCCUCUCUUCUCUCCUCUCUCCUCUGUUCCCCCUCUCUUCUCUCCUCUCUCCUCUGUUCCCCCUCUCUUCUCUCCUCUCUCCUCUGUUCCCCCCUCUCUUCUCUCCUCUCUCCUCUGUUCCCCCUCUCUUCUCUCCUCUCUCCUCUGUUCCCCCUCUCUUCUCUCCUCUCCUCCUUGUCCCUCUCUCUCCUCUGUUCCCCCUCUCUUCUCUCCUCUCCUCCUUGUCCCUCUCUCUCCUCUGUUCCCCCUCUCUUCUCUCCUCUCCUCCUUGUCCCUCUCUCUCCUCUGUUCCCCCUCUCUUCUCUCCUCUCCCCUCUGUUCCCCCUCCUUUCUCCCCUCCCUGCUGCUCCUCCAAGUCUCCCCUCCCCUCCCCUCCCCUCCCCUCCAUCUCUGUCCCCCCUCCCCUCUCUCCCUGCCUGCUGCCUCUCUCUGUCCCUGUUCCCAGUCCGGCCUGUGGAGACAUAUCAAACCUUCUCUAAUACCUUUCACAGCCAGCAGCACAUAUUUGCAGGGUGAGGGGAGUGGCGUGGUGGAUACAUUAAUCAGCUGAGUAAAUAUCCCGUGUGUGUGUGUCUCUGUGUGUGUGUCUCUCCGUGUGUGUGUGUGUGUGUGUGUGUGUGUGUCUCCCUUUGUAUGUGUGUGUGUGUGUGUGUCUGUGUGUGUGUGUGUGACUCUGCCUGCAGACAUUGACGAGUGUAAAGACAGACCCUGCCUCAACGGAGCGCUGUGUGUACAAGGUGUCGACAAUUUCACCUGCGUGUGUGAGCGGGGCUACACUGGGAUUCUGUGUGAGACAGGUGAGUUACCUGGGAGGGUGUCGGGUGUUAGGGUUGGGGUAUGGCCAUCUCUUUCCCCAGAGGAAACACUCUCUGGUUUCCACAUUAUAACUCAUCAGUCUGGCAGAUGUUACUUCCUCCAGAGAGAGUUCCCAUGAAGCCAACCUGUGUGGCUUCUAACAGGUUACUGUUUAUCUGCGAACACAUUGCCAUUGGAUUUACAUCUGGUUGUUCUCUCUGGGGUCACAGACUGUACGGACCUACAGAAGUUCACUGAAUUCAGAGCUCUCUUCAAAUAGGCAAGUUGGGGAGUGUAGUGACCUGGUUUCCUGGGCUCCCUACCAAAUGGCACACUAUCCCCUAUGUAGUGCACAUCCCAGGAAACCAGGUCACUGCAUUCCUAUGGGCUAUAGUCAAAAUUAGUAGGGAAUAGGGUGCCAUUUGAAACUCAGACCCGGUGUAACAUCCUGGUCUCUCACUACAUGAUAGCUUAUUGAUGAAACAAGAACCCAAUGGGGAAUUGAACUGUUGUCCUGAACACAUUAGAUCCUGUACAUAUUAGAUCCUGUAUAUAUCAGAUCCUGUAUAUAUUAGAUCCUGUACAUAUUAGAUCCUGUAUGUAUUAGAUCCUGUACAUAUUAGAUCCUGUAUAUAUUAGAUCCUGUAUAUAUUAGAUCCUGUAUAUAUUAGAUCCUGUACAUAUUAGAUCCUGUAUAUAUUAGAUCCUGUACAUAUUAGAUCCUGUAUAUAUUAGAUCCUGUAUAUAUUAGAUCAUGUACAUAUUAGAUCCUGUAUAUAUUAGAUCCUGUAUAUAUUAGAUCCUGUACAUAUUAGAUCCUGUAUAUAUUAGAUCCUGUACAUAUUAGAUCCUAUAUGUAUUAGAUCCUGUAUAUAUUAUAUCCUGUUUGUAUUAGUUCCUGUAUGUAUUAGAUCCUGUACAUAUUAGAUCCUGUACAUAUUAGAUCCUGUAUAUAUUAGAUCCUGUACGUAUUAGAUCCUGUAUAUGUUAUACUGUAUAUAUUAUACUCUAAAUGUUAUACUGUACAGUACUGAAUAAUACUAUAUAAUACUAUAUAAAGGGCGGCAGGUAGCUUAGUGGGUAAGAGCGUUGUGCCAGUAACCGAAAGGUCGCUGGUUCUAAUCCCCGAGCCGACUAGUAGAAAAAUCUGUCGAUGUGCCCUUAAGCAAGGCACUUAACCCUAAUUGCUCCUGUAAGUCGCUCUGGAUAAGAGUGUCUGCUAAAUGACUAAAAUGUAAAUGUAAUAAUACUAUUAUGCCCUGCUGUACAUUUCAUUAACUAUUUUUUGUACAUGAGAGCAGAUUACACCUUAAUACCAGACAGCUGGUAGCAGAUUACACCUUAAUACCAGACAGCUGGUAGCAGAUUACACCUUAAUACCAGACAGCUGGUAGCAGAUUACACCUUAAUACCAGACAGCUGGUAGCAGAUUACACCUUAAUACCAGACAGCUGGUAGCAGAUUACACCUUAAUACAGACAGCUGGUAGCAGAUUACACCUUAAUACCAGACAGCUGGCAGCAGAUUACACCUUAAUACCAGACAGCUGGUAGCAGAUUACACCUUAAUACCAGACAGCUGGCAGCAGAUUACACCUUAAUACCAGACAGUUGGUAGCAGAUUACACCUUAAUACCAGACAGCUGGUAGCAGAUUACACCUUAAUACCAGACAGCUGGUAGCAGAUUACACCUUAAUACCCAGACAGCUGGUAGCAGAUUACACCUUAAUACCAGACAGCUGGUAGCAGAUUACACCUUAAUACCAGACAGCUGGUAGCAGAUUACACCUUAAUACCAGACAGCUGGUAGCAGAUUACACCUUAAUACCAGACAGCUGGUAGAAGAUUACACCUUAAUACCAGACAGCUGGUAGCAGAUUACACCUUAAUACCAGACAGCUGGUAGCGGAUUACACCUUAAUACCAGACAGCUGGUAGCGGAUUACACCUUAAUACCAGACAGCUGGUAGCGGAUUACACCUUAAUACCAGACAGCUGGUAGCGGAUUACACCUAAUACCAGACAGCUGGUUAGCAGAUUACACCUUAAUACCAGACAGCUGGGUAGCAAGAUUACACCUUAAUACCAGACAGCUGGUAGCAGGAUUACACCUUAAUACCAGACAGCUGGUUAGCAGAUUACACCUUAAUACCAGACAGCUGGUAGCAGAUUACACCUUAAUACCAGACAGCUGGUAGCAGAUUACACCUUAAUACCAGACAGCUGGUAGCAGAUUACACCUUAAUACCAGACAGCUGGUAGCAGAUUACACCUUAAUACCAGACAGCUGGUAGCGGAUUACACCUUAAUACCAGACAGCUGGUAGCGGAUUACCACCUUAAUACCAGACAGCUGGUAGCGGAUUACCCCUUAAUACCAGACAGCUGGUAGCGGAUUACACCUUAAUACCAGACAGCUGGUAGCGGAUUACACCUUAAUACCAGACAGCUGGUAGCAGAUUACACCUUAAUACCAGACAGCUGGUAGCGGAUUACACCUUAAUACCAGACAGCUGGUAGCAGAUUACACCUUAAUACCAGACAGCUGGUAGCAGAUUACACCUUAAUACCAGACAGCUGGUAGCAGAUUACACCUUAAUACCAGACAGCUGUAGCGAUUACACCUUAAUACCAGACAGCUGGUAGCAGAUUACACCUUAAUACCAGACAGCUGGUAGCAGAUUUACACCUUAAUACCAGACAGCUGUUUAGCAGAUUACACCUUAAUACCAGACAGCUGGUAGCAGAUUACACCUUAAUACCAGACAGCUGGUAGCAGAUACACCUUAAUACCAGACAGCUGGUAGCAGAUUACACCUUAUACCAGACAGCUGGUAGCAGAUUACACCUUAAUACCAAUAAUACCAGACAGCUGGUAGCAGAUUACACCUUAAUACCAGACAGCUGGUAGCAGUACACUUAAUCCAAAAGCUGUAGCGGAUACACCUAAUCCAGACAGCUGGUAGCAGAUUACACCUUAAUACCAGACAGCUGGUAGCAGAUUACACCUUAAUACCAGACAGCUGGUAGCAGAUUACACCUUAAUACCAGACAGCUGGUAGCAGAUUACACCUUAAUACCAGACAGCUGGUAGCAGAUUACACCUUAAUACCAGACAGCUGGUAGCAGAUUACACCUUAAUACCAGACAGCGGUAGCAGAUUACACCUUAAUACAGACAGCUGGUAGCAGAUUACACCUUAAUACCAGACAGCUGGUAGCAGAUUACACUUAAUACCAGACAGCUGGUAGCAGAUUACACCUUAAUACCAGACAGCUGGUAGCAGAUUACACCUUAAUACCAGACAGCUGGUAGCAGAUUACACCUUAAUACAACCUGUACACAAUACAGACAGCUGGAAGUUUUAAAACCAGACAGCUGAUAAGUGAAACAGUGCACCUGCUGAAGAUAAAUUCCCUGAUCCAGCUCUGUGUCAACACACAGACAACAAUACACUAUGCUGUUCCUCUGUACACAGAUGGACAAGAAGGCGUCCUUCAACGUUAUAUUAAUUACUAGCUAGAAAAUGUCUCCAUUCCAAAUCCUAUUUACUUUAUAUUAACUUCCACUGUCCUCCAAUAGUUGUGUAAUUUCCUCUUCAAUUCAUGCACCUUGAAGGUAGUGUCAGUGUUCCAUUCCUAAUUCCAUUUCAAAUCCCCGCAUUGAUGACUUAGGCUUGAUGUUUUUGUUGUGUUUGUGGAUCCAUUCCAGACAUGGACGAGUGUGUUUCCCAGCCCUGCCUGAAUGGAGGACAGUGUAAAGAUCGGGUGAAUGGUUACGCCUGCACCUGUCCUGUUGCCUUCACCGGGACACACUGUGAGACAGGUGAGCUACUGAUAAAACUCUCCUUCUUUAAAGGGAAGUGCUAUUCAACAGACUCUGACUGCCUCCCAGAUGUCAUCUCUAUUCUCUAUAUAAUGCACUACCUUUGGGGUGCCAUUUCAUCCUGACUCUGAUUCUGCCAGUGAAUGCCAGCUAGAGAGGAGACAAAACACAGGUCCGAUGGUUCCUGGUCAAAAGCAGUGCACUGUAUAGCGCAGGGGUUCUCAGUGGGGUCUGCGGCCACAAAAAAAAUAAAAAUAAAAAUAUAUAUAUAUAUACAGUGGGGAGAACAAGUAUUUGAUACACUGCCGAUUUUGCAGGUUUUCCUACUUACAAAGCAUGUAGAGGUCUGUAAUUUUUUAUCAUAGGUACACUUCAACUGUGAGAGACGGAAUCUAAAACAAAAAUCCCGAAAAUCACAUUGUAUGAUUUUUUUAAAUAAUUAAUUUGCAUUUUAUUGCAUUACAUAAGUAUUUGAUCACCUACCAACCAGUAAGAAUUCCGGCUCUCACAGACCUGUUAGUUUUUCUUUAAGAAGCCCUCCUGUUCUCCACUCAUUACCUGUAUUAACUGCACCUGUUUGAACUCGUUACCUGUAUAAAAGACACCUGUCCACACACUCAAUCAAACAGACUCCAACCUCUCCACAAUGGCCAAGAUCAGAGAGCUGUGUAAGGACAUCAGGGAUAAAAUUGUAGACCUGCACAAGGCUGGGAUGGGCUAUAGGACAAUAGGCAAGCAGAUUGGUGAGAAGGCAACAACUGUUGGCGCAAUUAUUAGAAAAUGGAAGAAGUUCAAGAUGACGGUCAAUCACCCUCGGUCUGGGGCUCCAUGCAAGAUCUCACCUCGUGGGGCAUCAAUGAUCAUGAGGAAGGUGAGGGAUCAGCCCAGAACUACACGGCAGGACCUGGUCAAUGACCUGAAGAGAGCUGGGACCACAGUCUCAAAGAAAACCAUUAGUAACACACUAUGCAGUCAUGGAUUAAAAUCCUGCAGCGCACGCAAGGUCCCCCUGCUCAAGCCAGCGCAUGUCCAGGCCCGUCUGAAGUUUGCCAAUGACCAUCUGGAUGAUCCAGAGGAGGAAUGGGAGAAGGUCAUGUGGUCUGAUGAGACAAAAAUAGAGCUUUUUGGUCUAAACUCCACUCGCCGUGUUUGGAGGAAGAAGAAGGAUGAGUACAACCCCAAGAACACCAUCCCAACCGUGAAGCAUGGAGGUGGAAACAUCAUUCUUUGGGGAUGCUUUUCUGCAAAGGGGACAGGAUGACUGCACCGUAUUGAGGGGAGGAUGGAUGGGGCCAUGUAUCGCAAGAUCUUGGCCAACAACCUCCUUCCCUCAGUAAGAGCAUUGAAGAUGGGUCGUGGCUGGGUCUUCCAGCAUGACAACGACCCGAAACACACAGCCAGGGCAACUAAGGAGUGGCUCCGUAAGAAGCAUCUCAAGGUCCUGGAGGGGCCUAGCUAGUCUCCAGACCUGAACCCAAUAGAAAAUCUUUGGAGGGAGCUGAAAGUCCGUAAUGCCCAGUGACAGCCCCGAAACCUGAAGGAUCUGGAGAAGGUCUGUAUGGAGGAGUGGGCCAAAAUCCCUGCUGCAGUGUGUGCAAACCUGGUCAAGACCUAAAGGAAACGUAUGAUCUCUGUAAUUGCAAACAAAGGUUUCUGUACCAAAUAUUAAAUUAUGCUUUUCUGAUGUAUCAAAUACUUAUGUUAUGCAAUAAAAUGCAAAUUAAUUACUUAAAAAUUAUACAAUGUGAUUUUCUGGAUAAAAAAAAAAAAUACAGACCUCUACAUGCUUUGUAAGUAGGAAAACCUGCAAAAUCGACAGUGUAUCAAAUACUUGUUCUCCCCACUGUAUAUAUAUACUUUUUUUUUGUAAUUUAGCAGACGCUCUAUUAUCCAGAGCAACUUACAGUUAGUGAGUCCAUACAUUUUUUAUAGUGCACUACUUUUGACCAGAGCCCAUUGACAGUAGUGCACUACUUUUGACCAGAGCCCAUUGGCAGUAGUGCACUACAUAGGGAAUAGGGUGCCAUUUGGGACGCACACCUGAGUGUGGCUAGGAGCUCUGUGUUAGAGUGACCUGAUGUUUGUUUUGUUUUUUGAGAGGUUUUGCGGCGUCGUCUGUUUUCACAGCCUCAGCAUCGGUGUGGUUAGCUAACGGCUGAGAGCUGAGGCCUGGGCCCUGGGCUUCUCCACUAUGAGCAACAACACAAAACAGAGAGAAAGGAAGAGCUCCCUUUCUGUAAUAUUGCUGCAGUGUAGUAGGAGUAGUAGUCUGUGAGACAUUUUCUCCUUGCCUGAAUAAUUAUUAGACUCAACACUUUCCGCUAGAAAGCCUCAAGCCUUCGAAUUUUCUUUCAUAGAGUUGGUGGUGGUCCAGGUGAAUUCAUCAUCGACUCCUCAAACUGAAAAUCAAACAGGUAAAAGCUGAGUUAUACACACUUGUAGGACAUAAUACUUUUUAUGAGAAGCAUGGAAUCAGCGCCAAGUCUAUUGACAGUGAUUGGGAAGACGGAACCACCUCUCUCAGUCACAUACAAAAGAGUUGUGGACAUGUUGGAUGUGAUAACUAUGCCUCUCUCAAAUGAGAGUUCAUCAUUUCUUAACCUUUUUAUUGCAAACCCUUGUUUUCUUACAAAGUACAGUACUUGCCUGUUCCCUACGUGUUUUUUUGCAUCACACACUGUAUUGCCCUAGCAGCCCUGGCAUAGGCAUGAACUAAAUUAGCUGUUAUAAAUCUGUGUCCACACGUAAUCCUAAACUUAUCUCUUUGUCCUCUGUCUGGUAGUGUCUUGUCAGAGGGAGGGCUGUGUGAACCAUCAGAUCUGUGAAUACAUCGGCCCAGGGAACUACAGCUGUGCCUGCAUCCAGGGCUUCUAUGGUGACAACUGUGAAGGUAGACACUGGGCCAAAGCCUCAGCUACAAAUGUUGGAUCUUUAAUUUGACCAGUGUUGUCGUAGCAAAAUAAACGUUUAGUCCAUAAUGUUGCUUGAUCGGUGGUUAGACUAUUAGCUGGGCAUAAUUACGCCACAUGAAAAGUGCAAUACUGUUAAUGUAACUGUGUGUCAGUGCGGGUUUUCAGUGAAUUUAUGUAAAUCAUAAAGCUCAUCUGCACUUCCUGCUGUGCAGGAAAAUUCUUAGCAACAAUUCUUAGUGAUCAAAUUAAGAUCCUACAUCUGUAAGUAGGCAACUCUAGCUGGACAGAGGGCUGUGAUGAGAGGAGGGACUAGCUACAGUAUAUUACAUGUAAUCCCACAGGUAGUGGACCAGAGUCUGCUCUAGCUGAAGACAGUUGGACAGCUACAGGUAUCGUACAGAAGACGGAUACAGUGUAGACGAGAGAGAGGGACUAGCUAGCUAUGCAGCUACUAGCUAUCCUGCUAUCCCACAGGAAUGUGUUGAGCUGUGCCUGUGAGGAAGGGAGAGUCUGCUCUACUCUGCUGUGAUGAUUGAUGAUGUUAAUUAUCACCACAGACAGUUAUCUGAACCGCGCCCUGUUUUACGACGGGAUCCUGGGGAACAACAGUCGCUUGAUGUUGGGAAGAAUUGCUUUAUGGCCCGUUUUAUUAGUUUACCAACAAGGGGAAGUGCUGCUUCGUCUAGACUUGAAUGGACAGGAGCCUCUGUCUUUACGGUCUGGAGCUGAUGGUUGGUAUUUAUUCAGGUCGUUUCAUCAGACAAGGCUGGUGUAAUAUGCCUGGCAUCAGAGUGGCGCGAUGCAGAGCCCAAAUGGCACCCUAGUCCCUACAUAGUGCACUACUUUUGCCGAGGGGACUCUGGCUGAGUCCCAAAUGGCACCCUAGUCUCUACAUAGUGCGCUACUUCUGGUCAAAAGUAAUGCACUAAAUAUGGAACAUGGUGCCAUUUGGGACGCAGGCUGACUCUGCCUCUGCCACUUGCUCCUCCAAAAGCUCUUUAAUAGUAUGUGAGGCGUUGCAAAUUCACGCUACACCUCACCCUUGAACUGAAAUAACUCUCCUAAAUAACUUUCCUAGAAGGACUCUCCUAAAUCCCCCAAAUACUUUCCUGCCUGGAAAAAGGAGCAGGAUCCUCGGAGAGAGAGAAGGUAGCAGGAGAGAGAAGGAGAGAGAGAAGGAGAGAAAGAAGGAGAGGAAGGAGAAGAGAGAAAGAAGGGUACGCGGGAUAGCGGGGAGCGAGGAAGAGAAGGAAAGAGAGAGAAGGGUAGCAGGAGAGAGAAGGAGAGAUAGAAGGAGAGAAAGAAGGAGAGGAAGGAGAGAGAGAAGGUAGCGGGAGAGAGAAGGAGAGAGAGAAGGUAGCAGGAGAGAGAAGGAGAGAUAGAAGGAGAGGAAGGAGGAGAGAAGGAGAGAGAGAAGGAGAGAGAGAAGGUAGUGGGAGAGAGAAGGAGGAGAGAAGGAGAGAAAGAAGGAGAUGGAAAGGAGAGAGAGAAGGUAGCAGGAGAGAGAAGGGUAGGAGAGAGGAGAGAAGGAGAGAAAGAAGGCGAGGAAGGAGAGAGAGAAGUAGCGGGAGAGGAGAAGAGAGAGGAGAAUGGUAGCAGUGAGAGGAGAGAAGGAGAGAUAGGAAGCGAGGAAGGAGAGGCGGAGAAGGAGAGAGAGAAGGAGUGGGAGAGAGAAUGAGGAGAUAGAGGAGGAAGAAGGGAGAGGAAAGGACGAGAGAAAAAGGGAAAAAAGGGAGAAUGAGAGAAGGAGGAGAGAGAGGGUAGGGGGAGAGAGAAGGAGAGAAGAGAAGGAGGAGAAAGAAGAGAGAGGAAGGAGAGAGAGAAGUAGAGGGAGAGAAGAAGGAGUGAAGAGAGUAGAAGGUAGCAGGAGAGAUAUAGCGAGAGAGAUGAAGGAGAGAAGAGGAGGGAAGAGAGAGGAGAGAGAAGGAGCGGAGAAGAGGAGCGAGAGAGAGAGAAGGAGGAGAGAGAGAGGUAGCAGGAGAGAGAGGAAGAGGGGAAGAAGGAGAGAAAGAAGGAGAGAAGGAGAUGAGAAGGAGCGGGAGAGAGAAGGAGAGAGAGAAGGAGAGAAAGAAGGAGAGGAAGGAGAGAGAGAAGGUAGCGGGAAGAGAGAAAGGGAGAGGGAGAAAAGGGGAGAGAGAGAGAGAGUAGACGGAGAGAGGGGAGAGAAGGGGAGAGAGAGAAGGUUAGCGAGGAGAGAGAAGGAGAGAGAAGGAGAGAGAGAAGGUAGCAGGAGAGAGAAGGAGAGAGAAGGAGAGAGAGAAGGUAGCGGGAGAGAGAAGGUAGCGGGAGAGAGAAGGAGAGAGAGAAGGUAGCGGGAGAGAGAAGGUAGCGGGAGAGAGAAGGAGAGAGAGAAGGUAGCAAGAGAGAGAAGGAGAGAGAGAAGGUAGCGGGUCACGGGACGGGAGGAGAGCCGCCUAAUACCAUUUUUAAAAACAUUUUAGUCAUUCAGCAGACGCUCUUAUCCAGAGCGACUUACAGUUAGUGCAUACAUUACUUUUUUUUUUUUUUUUUAUUACUCCCGUGGGAAGGGAAGGAUCAACCUCCUAGAUCAAAGAGAAUGUGGCCUUCCAAACACGAACACACACACACACACACUUAUACACACACACGCACACACACACUUAUACACACACACGCACACACACUGCACACCGACGGCCAAUGAAAACCUCUCCAUCUAAUUAACAGUGCAUUAAUUGCCCCAGGGGCCAUAGCUCCAUUUUGUUCACGUUUGCAUCCCAAAUGGAACCCUAUCCACUAUAUAGCGCACUACGUUUGGCCGGAGCCCAUAGGCUAAUAGUAGUGCACUAUAUAGGGAAUAGGGUGCCAUUUGGGACUCACAUCACAAAACUUGUUCCAUAUCAUCAAUUAUAAUUUUGGGUUAAAAAACACUCCAGGCCACUCUUGAACUUGAUAGAAAUCAUGUAGGAAUUAUAACAGACCUAUAUAUUUUGACAAACAAAUCGGUCAAAAAAUAAUCUGUGCGAUGUGGCCCUCGAGCCAAACAGUUUUCCUGGUUUACAGUAAAGACCCAAGAGGGGUUGAGUAAAAUGCGGAAGACACAUUUCAGUUGAAGGCAUUCAGUUGUACAACUGACUAGGUAUCCCCCUUUCCUUUCCCCACAUGUUGGCCAUCUCCCGAUACCUCCAAUGUUGGACUGAGACUGGGAUACUGGUGAUGAUGCAGCCUAAAGACAUGUGUUUGAGAACUACCCUUCGUACUUCUAUGCAUGCCAGUUUGAGAACUACUUAAUACUGUGCACGCCAGUCUCUCUUGGCUGACAGUUGAGGAAAGACUGACUGCGUCACUUCUUGUUUUUAUAAGAAACAUUCAUUAAAUGAAUUAAUUGUUUGCAUAUUCAACUCACAUACAGCACUGAAACACACACGUACCCCACCAGACAUGCCACCAGGGGUCUUUUCACAGUCCCCCGGUCCAGAACAAAUUCAAGGAAGCGUACAGUAUUAUACAGAGCCAUGAGUGCAUGGGACUUCCUUCCGUCUUAUAUAGCGCCAGUUAACAGCAGACCUGGUUUCAAGAAACAAAUAAAGCAACACCUCAUGGCACAAGCCUCUCCCCCAUGUGACCUACUUGUUGUGUGUAUGUACUGACAUGUAUGUAACUGAUAGAUGCACACAUGUUUUUAAAUGUAUGUACAUUUUAAAGUCAUUUAUUUUGUCUGUAAUGUAUUUUUCAUUAUGUGUCGGACCCCAGUAAGACUAGCUGUCACCAUUAGCGUCGGCUAACGGGGAUCCUAAUGAAUCAAAUAAAAAACCCUAUCAGCCAAUAUCUAGUGUCCCAGCAGGAUGUGUGCUCUUCUGUCAGUGUCUUGAACUUUUUGUGACUUUAGCUCAAUUGGUAGAGCACGGCGCUUGUAACGCCAGGGUAGUGGGUUCGAUCCCCGGGACCACCCAUACGUUAAAAUGUAUGCACACAUGACUGUAAGUCGCUUUGGAUAAAAGCGUCUGCUAAAUGGCAUAUUAUUAUUAUUAUUAUUAUUAUUAUUAUUAUUAUUAUUAUUAUACUUUUGUAAGAUAAUAAAGGUUUCCUCUUCUUCUGUUUGUCUCGUCAGAAGAGUGUCUGUGCCAGAAUGGGGGGGUCUGUGUGGACGGGACCUGUGACUGCACCUCGGGCUUCACCGGACUCUACUGUCAGUUUGGUAAUGUAUCAUAUCUAUAUUAAUACACUGUAGGUCCAGUCUCAUAUUCUACACUGGCCUAUCAUUGGUAACAGAAAGACGCAUUCCUAGUUCAUUUCAUGGUGUGGAUUACACCUUGCUUUCACUGAGCUAGCACAUAGCACACAGAACCAGGCUAGUAGGCUGCAAGGUUGCCUUGACAUGAUGUUUAUCUCUCUGACCCUCCUGUCCUCCACAGAGGUGACCCAGACCCCAUGCAGCAACAACAGGCCGUGUCCUGACGGAGGACCCUGUCUGGAGUACGGAGGAACCUACCUGUGUACCUGUCAGACAGGUGUGGCAGACGUUGACCACAAGGACUUUUAUCCUCCCUAUGGUAAGAGCCUACCGUCUUCUUCUGCUGCUUCUGAUGCUGUUGCUUCUUCUUCUUCUUCUUCUUCUUCUUCUUCUUCUUCUCUUCUUCUUCUUCUUCUUCUUCUUCUUCUUCUUCUUCUUCUUCUUCUUCCUCUUCUUCUGCCUCUUCUUCUUCUGCCUCUUCUUCUUCUUCUGCCUCUUCUUCUUCUUCUUCUUCUUCUUCUUCUUCUUCUUCUCUUUCUUCUUCUUCUUCUUCUUCUUCUUCUUCUGCCUCUUCUUCUUCUUUCUGCCUCUUCUUCUUCUUCUUUCUUCUUUUUCUUCUUCUUCUUCUCUUCUUCUUCUUAUUUCUUCCUCUUCUUCUUCUUCUUCUUCUUCUUCUGCCUCUGUCUCUGUCUCUGCCUCUGCCUCUGUCUCUGUCUCUGCCUCUGCCUCUGUCUCUGUCUCUGUCUCUGUCUCUGCCUCUGCCUCUACCUCUGCUUCUUCUUCUUCUUCUUCUGUACAAACCCAAGGAUUGGUCCCUCUGCAUUCUGUGUUGCUGUACACGAGAGCCUGGUUACCAUAGCGAUAAAGACUUGUGUCUUUUGUGUUUCGAGGCGGUUGCCCGAUGUGUGUGUGAGAGUCACAUUCACUGUUUGGGAGAGAGACAUUUAAAUAGGAUUUAUUUUGGUGUUGAUGAAGUGUGACUGUGGUAACACGUGUGAUGGGUUUAGUUGCUGUAUACCUGGAUGUUAUCAUUAUCACCGGUGACACUGAGGAAGACCACCUACUGGAUGAUAUCCUUGUCACUGAGGAAGACCAUCUAAAAAAACCUUGAAAUAGUGCUAUCAAGACUGGAGAGCACAGGCCUUGCUUGAAGAAUCCAAAUGUGUUUUCCUGGCCGCCGAAGUGGAGAACUUGGGGCACAAAGUCACAGCCAACGGGCUUCAACCCCUGGACAGGAAAGUGAGAGCAAUCAAAGAGGCCCCAGAACCCAAGGAUGUUAGUGAGCUACGGGCCUACCUUGGGAUGUUAAACUACUGUGGCCGCUUUCUUCCUGACCUGGCCUCUGUCCUGUCCCCACUGCAUCUCCUCCGGAAAGCUGGAGCCAAAUGGAAGUGGCACACACCCCAGAAAACAGCUUUCCAGAAAUCGAAGGACUUGCUGUCGUCUUCAGCACUGCCUGUGCAUUUACGACCCAAAGCGCCCACUCAUCAUCACAAGUGAUGCCUCCCCAUACGGGAUUGGGGCGGUGUUAUCUCAGAAGAUUGGGGAACAACACAGAGAGGCUAGUCAGCUUCACGUCUUGCUUGCUGGCACCCUGGGUGAGCUGAAGAAAAUACACACAUCCACCUUUUCGGGCGACUGCAAAGAUGGGCCCUCGUGUUAGCGCAAAUAACAAUAUGAGUUACUGUACAGACUGAGCCACUCCAUCGCUAACGGUGAUGGUCUCAGCGUCUCUUACACUCCAUCGCUAACGCUGAUGGACUCAGCGUCUCUUACACUCCAUCGCUAACGCUGAUGCCCAAAGACCCCAGAAGAACCCCCUGAACUGGGCACCAGAGAGCUCCAAUAGACCAUCGGCAACUGAAGAGAGGAGACUGUAGGAGACCCUCUUCUCACCAAAGUCAGCAGCUUUGUCCAGGAGAGAUGGCCGGCCCACUGUCCUACGGAGGCGUUGCUGCCGUAUUUUAAAAGGAGAAACAAACUCUCGGUGGAGGACAGCAUCCUGCUUUGGGGGGGCCUUCAAGUAGUGAUGUCACCUUUAGUGGAGGAACUCCACAAGUCGCACCCAGGUGUAACCUCCUGAGUGGCGCAGUGGUCUAAGGCACUGCAUCGCAGUGCUAGCUGUGCCACUAGAGAUCCUGGUUCGAAUCCAGGCUCUGCUGUGGCCGGCCGCAACCGGGAGACCAAUGGGGCGGCGCACAAUUGGCCCAGUGUCGUCCAGGGUAGGGGAGGGAAUGGCCGGCAGGGAGGGAGCUCAGUUGGUAGAGCAUGGCGUUUGCAACGCCAGGGUUGUGGGUUCGAUUCCCAUGGGGGGCCAGUAUAAAAAUUUAAAAAAGAAUAAUGUAUGCACUAACUGUAAGUCGCUCUGGAUAAGAGCGUCUGCUAAAUGACGUAAAUGUAUCCAGAAUGAAAGCAAAACAACAAGAGCGUACAUGUGGUGGCCCAGGAUUGGAUAAAGCAGUGGAAGAGCAGGUCCAGUCGUGUGCUACUUGCCAGCAGGUACGAAAUGCUCCAGCACAAGCUCCCAUCAGCCCUUGGGAGUUUCCUGGAAAACCCUGGACUCACAUGCACAUUGACUAGGCAGGGCCUUUUCCUUGGGGAGAUGUUCUCGUUGGCUGUGGAUGUUCACUGCAAACGGCUUGAAGUUUUCCCAGUCCGCACUGCAAACUUGAGCAUCUCAGGGAGGUGUUCAGUACUCAUGGUCUUCUCCAAACACUCGUAUCAGACAAUGCAGCCAUCUUUAUGAGUGCGGAGUUCAAGGCCUUUUCUGGUGACCAAUGGAAUUCGUCAUAUCACCCCCUGCCACCUACCACCCCUCCACGAAUGGCUUGGUGGAGAGCGCAGCCCAGACAAUGAAAAGAGCCUUGAAAAAGGCACAGGAGGCACAUUGAAAAACAGAGUUAUUAGUUAAAAGCCCAUCACUCAGGUUACCCCCCCCCCCCCCCCCCCCCGUGUCUGUGUUGUGAUAGAAUGCGGUCAAGUCGGUGUGUGUGUGUGUGUUGUGAUGGAACUCGGUCAAGUCGGUGUGUGUGUGUGUUGUGAUGGAACUCGGUCAAGUCGGUGUGUGUUGUGAUGGAACUCGGUCAAGUCGGUGUGUGUUGUGAUGGAACUCGGUCAAGUCGGUGUGUGGUGGUUGUGAUGGAACUCGGUUCAAGUCGGUUUGUGUGUGUGUGUUGUGAUGGAACUCGGUCAAGUCGGUGUGUGUGUGUGUGUUGUGAUGGAACUCGGUCAAGUCGGUGUGUGUGUGUUGUGAUGGAACUCGGUCAAGUCGGUGUGUGUGUGUUGUGAUGGAACUCGGUCAAGUCGGUGUGUGUGUGUGUUGUGAUGGAACUCGGUCAACGGACUCGGUUUGUGUUGUGAUGGAACUCGGUCAAGUCGGUGUGUGUUGUGAUGGAACUCGGUCAAGUCGGUGUGUGUUGUGAUGGAACUCGGUCAAGUCGGUGUGUGUGUUUUCCAGUACAGCCGCGAUCGGUCUGUGAUUCGUCUCCGUGUCUGAAUGGGGGUUACUGCUAUGAGAGGGAUGGAGGCUACACCUGCGACUGCAAGCCUGGAUACAGAGGGAAGCACUGUGAGAAAGGUAGUAUGCCAUUAUCAUUCACCUAAUAAGACAUAGGAAACAAUUAGCCUGUUUGGCUGGGUCAGGGUCCGGGUUGAAGAACCCAUUAUUCAUUAUUAAUUCUACUGCAAUGAUUCCCCCCACACUGAUUGAUUGAUGUGAAUAUGUUCUCUCCUCCCCCCAGUCUGAUUGGUUGAUGUGAAUAUGUUCUCUCCUCCCCCCAGUCUGAUUGGUUGAUGUGAAUAUGUUCUCUCCUCCCCCAGUCAGACUCAACACCUGUGCCUCUGGUCCGUGUCGUAACGGAGGAUCCUGUAAAGAGGAGGCAGGGAGCUUCCACUGUGUCUGUCCAUAAGGUUCAACUGGCAAAACAUGUGAAGUGGGGGGAGUUGAUAAGUUUUAGUUAUCUGAUAUAAUAGAUGAGAUUAUAGUAUAUUAUCAUAUUAUACUAUAUGAGCUAUAUAUAAAUAUACAUAGAAAUAAUUAUAUAGAUAAAUAUCAUAUAAUAUCUAUAUAUAUUUAUAUAUCAGUAUACUCAUUAAUAUCUCUAUUCAUUCUUAUCUACUAUUCUAUCAUUCUAUUAUCUCUCUCUUUCGUACCUCUCUAUCUAUCUAUCUCAGCUUUCUAUUUCUUCUCUCUCUUCUCUCUUAUAAUCUCUUCUCUUCUUCUUAUCUAUCUCUUCUUUCUCUCUCUCUCUCUUUCUCUCUUCUCUCUUCUUCUCUCUCUUCCCUCCUCUCUCUCUUAUCUCUCUCUAUCUCUCUCUUUCUCUCUGUCCCUCAGUAUCAAUCUCUUUCUCUAAUGCACGCACGCACGCACGCACGCACGCGCACACACACACACACACAUAACAUUAUGGUUAAUGUAAAAUUUGCUCAUAUUCAUGUUUUAGUAGGCCUGUACUGUCAUAAAACAUCCUCUUUGGGUUUUCUUUCUUUCGAACUGUGUCCCAACAUCGCUUUCGCGCAACUGCUUGCACAAUGCUACAGCAUGCUGGAGUGGAGUCCGCAUUGACAUGUCAUACCCUGUACUAGUUUAUUAGAUGACAAGCAAUAUCUGUUUGAAUUACUCAAAUGUUUGUUGAUGGAAGCUUUAUGUUUAGUUGAUGAACUUGAUGGUGUAUGUCAAUUAUUGUAUUGGAUUUGUUGGUGUGUGUGUGUGUGUGUGUGUGUGUGUGUGUGUGUGGGUGUGUGUGUGUGUGUGUGUGUGUGUUGUGUGUUUGUGGGUGUGUGUAUGUGUGUGUGUGUUGUGGUGUGUGUGUGUGUGUGUUGUGUGUGUGUGUGUGUGUGUGUGUGUGUGUGUGUGUGUGUGUGUGUGUGUGUGUGUGUGUGUGUGUGUGUUGUUUUGUUGUGUGUUGUUGUUGUGUCGUUGUUGUGUGUUGUGUGUUGUGUGUUGUGUUGGUUGUGUUGUCGUGUGUUGUGGUGUGUGUGUGUGUGUGUUGUGUGUGUGUGUGUGUGUGGUGUGGUGUGUUGUGUCUGUCUGUCGUCUGUUGUGUGUUGGUUGUUGUCUGUGUGCUGUGUUGUCUGUUGUUGUUGUCUGUGUGUCGUGUGUCUGUUGUUGUCGGUGUGUGUGUGUUGUGUUGUCUGUUCUGUCUGUUGUCUGUUGUCUGUGUGUGUGUUGGUAUGUUGUGUCUGUCUGUCUGUCUGUGUGUUGUUGUGUGUGUUGUGUGUCUGGUGUGUCUGUUGUCUGUCUGUCUGUCUGUCUGUCUGUUGUCUGUCUGUUGUCUGUCUGUCUGUCGUUCUGUCUGUCUGUCUGUCGGUCUGUCUGUCUGUCUGUCUGUCUGUCUGUCUCUGUUGUCGGUCUGUUCAGCUGUUGUUGUUCUGUAUGUCUGUCUGUUCUGUCUGCUGUUUCUGUUCUUUUGUGUGUGUGUGUGGUGUUGUUGUGUGUCUGUGUCUUGUGUCGGUGUGUCUGGGUGUGUGUGUGUGUGUGGUGUCUCUGUGUGUGUCUGUGUGUCUGUGUGUGUGUCUGUGUGUGUGUUCUGUGUUGUUCCCCGGGAGGCCAGACCCUAUGCUCCUCCAGAUCCCCUGUUUUGCACGGGGGGAAACCCUGGUUUCCACUACAUUGGGAUUAUUUAGUAACAAGUGUGGCGUGUUCUGGGGGCCUCCUCAGCGGGAAGAACACUGUGACAUCAGCAGGGGAUCAGCACAACUCCACACGCAGGUCAGAAACACACAACCACACACACACAGACCACACACACACACACACACACACACACACACACACACACACACACACACACACACGUGCACGUUAAAGCAGUCUAUUUUGUGGGUUCACUAGCACCCUGAGACAUGGCUUUAGACAAUGGGGUCAAGAUUUCACUGGGAAGAAAGAAGUGAUAAUCCCUCACUCACUCAGCCGAUAUUUAAACAGCUCUCUAUCAUUGUAAGAUAAUCAUAGCAUUGCCAAAGCCACAUGGACUACAUAUGUAACGUGAAGUAAAGACGUGUUAAACCCUGAAACCCUGAAGUGUUUCUGCUGACUGGGGGGGACAGGGCACGGCUACAUCUGGACAGACAAACGCACAUCUCUGUUACUAUGACUGUGCCAUUGUAGUGCAGGGUAGAUCACAUCUCUGUUACUAUGACUGUGCCAUUGUAGUGCAGGGUAGAUCACAUCUCUGUUACUAUGACUGUGCCAUUGUAGUGCAGGGUAGAUCACAUCUCUGUUACUAUGACUGUGCCAUUGUAGUGCAGGGUAGGUCGUCCUCUUAUUGAGACUGUUGCUGUAGUGUAAAUGGUUGACCUUGGCACUGUUUCAUUCUGAGAGUUCAUUCUAUUGUUGUUGUUGUUGUUGUUGUUAUUGUUGUUGUUGUGUGUCUACGUUCCAGAUAUGGACUGUGUUGUAACUGUGCGUCUAUUGUAGCUGUGUAACUGUUAUUCUGUGCCGUUGCUGUAACUGUGCCGUUGCUGUAACUGUGUCGUUGCUGUAACUGUGUCGUUGCUGUAACUGUGUCGUUGCUGUAACUGUGCCGUUGCUGUAACUGUGCCGUUGCUGUAACUGUGCCGUUGCUGUAACUGUGUCGUUGCUGUAACUGUGCCGUUGCUGUAACUGUGCCGUUGCUGUAACUCUGCCGUUGCUGUAACUGUGUCGUUGCUGUAACUGUGUCGUUGCUGUAACUGUGUCGUUGCUGUAACUGUGCCGUUGCUGUAACUGUGCCGUUGCUGUAACUGUGCCGUUGCUGUAACUGUGUGGUUACGUAUCUAUGUCUUCCAGACCUGGACUGUGGUCCCCCCCUGCAGGUGAAGCAUGCAGAGCUCCAGUUCUCCUCUACGUCUCCAGGCUCCAUGGCGCUGUACGUGUGCCACCCAGGAUACACCCCCAUGCCCAGGGCCACCCAGAGCAUCUGUGGGGGGCAGGGCGCCUGGAGCCAACCCCCUGUCUGUCAGGGUCUGUAUACAGUAAUACACCACAUGGCACCAAGUGUGUGUGUGUGUGUGUGUGUGUGUGUGUGUGUGUGUGUGUGUGUGUGUGUGUGUGUGUGUGUGUGUGUGUGUGUGUGUGUGUGUGUGUGUGGUCUAAUGGGUUCUUCAUAGGUAUUUACUGUAACUAUUCGGGGGGUUUCUAAACAGCACAGUCAGUCAGUUACUUGGUGGUCUCAGCAGAGAGCUGAAUGGUAAUGGAAGAUAUUGCAUUGGCAGAGAAAGACAGAUUUAAUUAGGACAGUUUCACUGUCAAUCAUCUUUUAGAAGGAAAUCUAAGCUGUGUCCCAAAUUACACCCUAUUCACUAUAUUUUAUUUUAUUAAUUUAACCUUUAUUUAACUAGGCAAGUCAGUUAAGAACAAAUUCUUAUUUACAAUGACGGCCUACCCCGGCCAAACCUGGACGACGCUGGGCCAAUAGUGCACUACUUUACAUACAUAGAUAGAUGGAGCCGACAGACAUGGCAGCUCUGCUUCUAGCUCCUAAGCAACAUCGCAGUAUAUUUAUUUUUUUUAGUGUUAUUUCUUACAUUAUUAGCCCGGAAGGUUUUUUGUGUUAUUACAUACAGCAUUACGAACAGGAAUACGACUUUCCCGAAUUGGAUCCUUUGUUCGUACCACCCAGGACAGUUGAAAUUAUCCCAGAGGCUGCUCCAAGACGCCGCCGCCGGUGGAGAAGAGGUAUUCGGAGUGGACUUCUAGUCCGACUCAGGAGGCGUGCACACCAUCCACAGCUUCGGAGUAUAUUACUCGCUAAUGUUCAGUUUCUGGACAAUAAAGUAGACAAGCUCAGGGCGAGGAUCUCCUUCCAGAGAGAAAUCAGGGACUGUAACAUACUCUGUUUCGGAAUCAUGGCUCUCUCGGGAUAUACCUUCUCCGUCCACUCAGCCAGCUGGGUUCUCAGUUCAUUGCGCAGACAGGAAUAAAGAACUCUCCGGGAAGAAGAAAGUUGGGGGUGUAUGUUUCAUGAUUUAACUAUUCAUGGUGUGAUUGUGAUAACAUACAGAAAUUCAAGUCCUUUUGUUCACCCAACCUAGAAUACCUCACAAUCAAAUGCAGACCAUAUUACCUCUCGAGAGAAUUCUCUUCGGUUAUACACUACCAGUCAACAGUUUGGACACACCUACUCAUUCAAGGGGUUUUCUUUAUUUUUACAUUGUAGAAUAAUAGUGAAGACAUCAAAACUAUGAAAUAACACAUAUGGAAUCAUGUAGUAACCAAAAAAGUGUGAAACAAAUCAAAAUGUAUUUGAGAUUCUUCAAAUAGCCACCCUUUGCCUUGAUGACAGCUUUCACACUCUUGGCAUUCUCUCAACCAGCUUCAUGAGGUAGUCACCUGGAAUGCAUUUCAAUUAACAGGUGUGCCUUCUUAAAAGUUCAUUUGUGGAAUUUCUUUCCUUCUUAAUGCAGAAGAUAGCCCUAUUUGGUAAAAGACCAAGUCCAUAUUAUGGCAAGAACAGCUCAAAUAAGCAAAGAGAAAUGACAGUCCAUCAUUACUUUAAGACAUGAAGGUCAGUCAAUACGGAACAUUUCAAGAACUUUGAAAGUUUCUUCAAGUGCAGUCGCAAAACCCAUCAUGCGCUAUAAUGAAACUGGCUCUCAUGAGGACCGCCACAGGAAUGGAAGACCCAGAGUUACCUCUGCUGCAGAGGAUAAGUUCAUUAGAGUUAGCAGCCUCAGAAAUUGCAGCCCAAAUAAAUGCUUCACAGAGUUCAAGUCACAGACACAUCUCAACAUCAACUGUUCAGAGGGGACUGUGUGAAUCAGGCCUUCAUGGUCGAAUUGCUGCAAAGAAACCACUACUAAAGGACACCAAUAAUAAGAAGAGACCUGCUUGGGCCAAGAAACACGAUCAAUGGACAUUAGACCAGUGGAAAUUUGUCCUUUGGUCUGGAGUCCAAAUUUGAGAUUUUUGGUUCCAACCGCCGUGUCUGUGUGAGAAGCGGUGUGGGUGAACGGAUGAUCUCUGCAUGUAUAUUUCCGACCGUAAAGCAUGGAGGAGGAGGUGUUAUAGUGUGGGGGUGCUUUGCUGGUGACACUGCCUGUGAUUUAUUUAGAAUUCAAGGCACACUUAACCAGCAUGGCUACCACAGCAUUCUGCAGUGAAAUGCCAUCCCAUCUGGUUUGCGCUUAGUGGGACUAUCAUUUGUUUUUCAACAGGACAAUGACCCAACACACCUCCAGGCUGUGUAAGGGCUAUUUUACCAAGAAGGAGAGUGAUGGAGUGUUGCAUCAGAUGACCUGGCCUCCACAAUCCCAAGACCUCAACCCAAUUGAGAUGGUUUGGGAUGAGUCGGACGGCGGAGUGAAGGGAAAGUAGCCAACAAGUGCUCAGCAAGUGUGGGAACUCCUUCAAGACUGUUGGAAAAGCAUUCCUCAUGAAGCUGGUUGAAAGAAUGCCAAGAGUGUGAAAGCUGUCAUCAAGGCAAAGGGUGGCUAUUUGAAGAAUCUCAAAUCUCAAAUAUAUUUGUUGAUUUGUUUAACACUUUUUUUGGUUACUACAUGAUUCCAUAUGUGUUAUUUCAUAGUUUUGAUGUCUUCACUAUUUUUCUACAAUGUAGAAAAUAGUAAAAAUAAAGAAAAGCCCUUGAAUGAGUAGGUGUGUCCAAACUUUUGACUGGUACUGUAGUCACAGCGGUGUAUAUUCCCCCUCAAGGAACUACGCUGGACUUUAUUUUAUGCUGAGGCCGCAUUUAUUGUAGCUGGGGAUUUUAACAAAGCAAAUUUGAGGAAAACGCUACCGAAGUUCUAUCAACACAUUGCCUGUAGCACUCGCUCUGAGAAAACAUUAGACCACUGCUACUCAGCUUUUUCUAAAUGCCUACAAGGCCCUCCCCCGCCAUCUCUUCAGCAAAUCAGAUCACGACUCCAUUUUGCUCCUCCCUUCCUAUAGGAAGAAACUCAAACAGGAAGUACCCAUGCUAAGGUCUAUUCAACACUGGUCUGACCAAUCGGAAUCCAUGCUUCAAAAUUGUUUUGAUCACGCGGACUCUGAGUCACCUUGCCAUUUAACCAUGGCAAGGUGACUGGGAAUAUGGUUGAAUACAAACAGUGUAGUUAUUCCCUCCAUAAGGCAACAUGAGUAAGACAUUUAAGCGUGUUAACCCUCGCAACGCUGCUGGCCCAGACGGCAUUCCUAGCCUCAGAGAAUGCGUAGACCAGCUGGCUGGAGUGUUUACGGACAUAUUUAAUCUCUCCCUAUCCCAGUCUGCUGUCCCCACUUGCUUCAAGAUGUCCACCAUUGUUCCUGUACUCAAGAAAGCAAAGGUAACUGAACUAAAUGACUAUCGCCCCGUAGCACUCACUUCUGUCAUCAUGAAGUGCUUUGAGAGGCUAGUUAAGGAUCAUAUCACCUCUACCUUACCUGACCAUGACCCACUUCAAUUUGCUUACCGCCCCAAUAGAUCCACAGACAUUGCAAUCGCCAUCGCACUGGACACUGCCCUAUCCCAUCUGGACAAGGGGAAUACCUACGUCAGAAUGCUGUUCAUUGACUAUAUUUCAGCCUUCAACACCAUAGUACCGUCCAAGCUCAUCAUUAAGCUAGGGGCCCUGGAUCUGAACCCCGCCCUGUGCAACUGGGUCAUGGACUUCCUGACGGGCCGCCCCCAGGUGGUGAAGGUAGGAAACAACACCUCCACUUCGCUGAUCCUCAACACUGGGGCCCCACAAGGGUGCAUGCUCAGCCCCUUCCUGUACUCCCUGUUCACCCAUGACUGAGUGGCCAAGCACGCCUCCAACUCAAUCAUCAAGUUUGCAGACGACACAACAGAAGUAGGCCUGAUAACCAACAAUGACGAGACCGCCUACAGGAGGAGGUGAGGGCUCUGGGAGUGUGGUGCCAGGAAAAUAACCUCUCACUCAACGUCAACAAAACAAAGGUGCUGAUCGUGGACUUCAGGAAACAGCAGAGGGAGCACGCCCCUAUCCACAUCGACGGGACCGCAGUGGAGAAGGUGGAAAGCUUCAAGUUCCUCUGCGUACACAUCACUGACAAACUGAAAUGUUCCACCCACACAGACAGUGUGGUGAAGAAGCCGCAACACCACAUUCGUCUUGGCCCCUAAGACACUCAGAACCUUUUACAGAUGAACAAUUGAGAGCAUCCUGUCGGGCUGUAUCACCGCCUGGUACGGCAACUGCACCGCCCGCAACCGCAGGGCUCUCCAGAGGGUGGUACGGUCUGCCCAACGCAUCACCGGGGGCAAACUGCCUGCUCUCCAGGACACCUACAGCACCCACCCGAUGUCACAGGAAGGCCAAAAAGAUCACCAAGGACAUCAACCACCCGAGCCACAGCCUGUUCACCCCGUUAUCAUCCAGAACGCAAGAUCAGUACAGGUUAUAAUGUUAAAUAACCAUCACUAGCCGGCUACAACCCGGUUACUGAACCCUGCACCUUUAGAGGCUGCUGCUCUAUAUACAUAGACAUGGAAUCACUGGUCACUUUAAUAAUGUUUACAUAUUGCUUUACUCAUUUAAUGUAUAUACUGUAUUCUAUUCUACUGUAUUUUAGUCAAUGCCACUCCGACAUUGCUCGAUCUAAUAUUUAUAUAUUUCUUAAUCCCAUUCUUUUACUUUUAGAUUUGUGUGUAUUGUUGUGAAUUGUUAGAUACUACUGCGCUGUUGGAGCUAGGAACACAAGCAUUUCGCUCCACCCGCGAUAACAUCUGGUAAAUAUGUAUAUGUGACCAAUAAAAUGUGAUUUGAUUUAGUAAAGUCCUACGGGCCCUGGUCAAAAGUAGUGCACUAAAUAGGGAAUAGGGUGUAAUUUGCGACUCGUCUCUAAAUCUCACACUGGCCUGUUUGGUUUAGUGUACUCAAAUGUUUGUUUGUUUAUGUAGAGAUCAGUGAGUGUUUGUCCCAGCCCUGUCUGAACGGAGGGACAUGUAGGGACAGGGUGGCAGCCUGCCUGUGUGAGUGUGAUGAAGGCUUCAGAAAUAUUGUCAUCAGAUUACAGAUAAAAAAAAAUUUUAAACUGGAUGAUUACUUCUUGGAUUACUUUAAAUUAAAAAAGUAUGUUUGGGCAAAUAUACACAUUUCUGUUUUCUCAACAACGUUCAAUUCAGCAUUGAAAAAAGGUGCAAGUUGAAGUUUGUUCCACCUGAGCGAGUCUGACCACAAGUCAGAGACCACUACGAAGACACACCUAAUGAUCACACCAAAUGAUGACCACCAGUCAGAGACCACUAUGAUGACACACCAAAUGAUGACCACCAAUCAGAGACUACUAUGAUGACACACCAAAUGAUGACCACCAGUCAGAGACCUCUAUGAUGACACCAAAUGAUGACCACCAGUCAGAGACCACUAUGAUGACACACCAAAUGAUGACCACCAGUCAGAGACCACUAUGAUGACACACCAAAUGAUGACCACCAGUCAGAGACCACUAUGAUGACACACCAAAUGAUGACCACCAAUCAGAGACCACUAUGAUGACACACCAAAUGAUGACCACCAGUCAGAGACCACUAUGAUGACACACCAAAUGAUGACCACCAAUCAGAGACCACUAUGAUGACACACCUAAUGAUGACCACCAAUCAGAGACCACUAUGAUGACACACCAAAUGAUGACCACCAGUCAGAGACCACUAUGAUGACACACCAAAUGAUGACCACCAGUCAGAGACCACUAUGAUGACACACCAAAUGAUGACCACCAAUCAGAGACCACUAUGAUGACACACCAAAUGAUGACCACCAGUCAGAGACCACUAUGAUGACACACCAAAUGAUGACCACCAAUCAGAGACCACUAUGAUGACACACCUAAUGAUGACCACCAAUCAGAGACCACUAUGAUGACACACCAAAUGAUGACCACCAAUCAGAGACCACUAUGAUGACACACCAAAUUAUGACCACCAAUCAGAGACCACUAUGAUGACACACCAAAUGAUGACCACCAAUCAGAGACCACUAUGAUGACACACCAAAUGAUGACCACCAAUCAGAGACCACUAUGAUGACACACCUAAUGAUGACCACCAAUCAAAUACCUCUAUGAUGACACACCAAAUGAUGACCACCAGUCAGAGACCACUAUGAUGACACACCAAAUGAUGACCACCAAUCAGAGACCACUAUGAUGACACACCAAAUGAUGACCACCAAUCAGAGACCACUAUAAUGACACACCUAAUGAUGACCACCAAUCAGAGACCACUAUGAUGACACACCAAAUGAUGACCACCAAUCAGAGACCACUAUGAUGACACACCAAAUGAUGACCACCAAUCAGAGACCACUAUGAUGACACACCUAAUGAUGACCACCAAUCAGAGACUACUAUGAUGACACACCAAAUGAUGACCACCAAUCAGAGACCACUAUGAUGACACACCAAAUGAUGACCACCAAUCAGAGACCACUAUAAUGACACACCUAAUGAUGACCACCAAUCAGAGACCACUAUGAUGACACACCAAAUGAUGACCACCAAUCAGAGACCACUAUGAUGACACACCAAAUGAUGACCACCAAUCAGAGACCACUAUGAUGACACACCUAAUGAUGACCACCAAUCAGAGACUACUAUGAUGACACACCAAAUGAUGACCACCAAUCAGAGACCACUAUGAUGACACACCAAAUGAUGACCACCAAUCAGAGACCACUAUGAUGACACACCAAAUGAUGACCACCAAUCAGAGACCACUAUGAUGACACACCUAAUGAUGACCACCAAUCAGAGACCUCUAUGAUGACACACCAAAUGAUGACCACCAAUCAGAGACCUCUAUGAUGACACACCAAAUGUGUUUGAUGGAUCCUUUUUGUCCUCUUCUAAUGCCUCUUAAGGGGAAAGUAAUCCAAAAGUAACUGAAAGUAAUCAGAUUACGUUACUGAGUUUGGAUAAUCCAAAAGUUACGUUACUGAUUACAAUUUUGGACAUGUAACUGAUUACAUUUAGAAAGUAACCUACCCAACCCUGUGUGUGUGUCUGUGCAUGAUUGUGUGUAUGUUUAUAAGUGUGUGUGUGUGUGUGUGUGUGUGUUUUUUCAUAUCCUCUCAGAUGUGGAUGAGUGUCUGUCGGAGCCCUGUAAACACGGCGGAACAUGUGAGGAUCAGCCUGGAUCCUACUCCUGCCACUGCCAACAGGGCUUCAUGGGACAAGACUGUGAGAUUGGUACGGAACUCACUCUCUCUGGGGCCAUAUGCAUCGAAUGUCUCAGAGUGGCAGCGCUGAUCCAGGAUCAGGUCUCCCCUGUCCAUGUAUCUUUUAAUUCAUUAUGAUCUAAAAGUCAACACUGAUCCAAAAUCAGCACCUCCUAUCGAGACGUUUGAUACAUACGUUCCCUGCUCUCAUGUUUCUCAACUAAUGGAGAAAUAACCCUUAGUCUUGGGCUGGGUAGGAGCCUAGCGGUUAAAAGGUUGGGCCAGUAACCGAAAGGUCGCUGGUUCAAAUCCCCAAGCUGACUAGGUGAAAUCUGUUGAUGUGCCCUUGAGCAAGGCACUUAACCCCUAAUUGCUCAGGAUAAGAGCGUCUGCUAAAUGACUAAAAUGUGUAUCAUUUUAAGGAGUUUUUUUAUACUUAGGUACACUAUAGGCCCAUAUAAUAUCAGCUGUAUUUCCAGUUGUAUCCCUCCAGUGACUGAGUGUUGUCUCUCCAGAGAAGGACAGGUGUGAGUCCAACCCCUGUCUGAACGGCGGUGUGUGUCGAGGCUACAGGAAGAACCACCUGUGUGUCUGUAAAGAAGGGUUCUUUGGGGACCACUGCCAGUCACGUGAGUAGAGCUACACCGGUGGCGUCUGAAAUGGCACCCUAUUCCCUGUACAGUGCACUACUGUUGACCAGGGCCUAUGUAGGGAAUAGGGUGCCAUUUCAGUGGAGGCUGGUGAGGGGAGGACGGCUCAUAAUCCCGUGUAGCUCAGUUGGUAGAACAUGGCUCUUGCAACGCCAGGGUUGUGGGUUCGAUUCCCCAGGGGGGGGGUCAGUAUGAAAAAAAAUGAAAAAAAAGUAUGCACUGGAUAAGAUGGUCUGUUAAAUGACUCAAAUGUAAAAUGUGAAAUGGAACAGAGAGAAUGGAACGGCAUCAAAACAGCUGGAAACCAUGGAAACCACGUGUUUGAUGUAUUCGAUACCAUUCCACCGAUUCUACUCCAGACAUUACCACGAGCCCGUCCUCCCCAAAUGAAGGCGCCACCAACCUCCUGUGGUGCCAUUUGGGGACGCAGUCUCUUGUAACAGAACAUCACAUCAUGGUGAUGGCUGGUCUCUGUCUCCCCCUAGUGGAGAAUCCCUGUGUACUGCAGCCGUGUGGGAACAGAGGCCUCUGCCAUAGCAACAGGAGAGGGAACUACUGCUGUGCAUGCAGAGUGGGACACACAGGCAAGGACUGUGAGAGAGGUGAGAGUCAAUCGCGUUCAGCUAUCUUAUCUACUAUCAAUUAUCUUAUUGGUGUUUGAUUCAAGAAACCCGUAAAAUUCAAUAGAAAAUCAAUAAAUUAAUUAAUCAAUUAAUCAAUUUACCAAGUCUAUUCUUUGUGGUAGAAAUAACCAAUUCUACGUUACCACUGUUCCCAGACCUGUUGCCUCCCUCUGGUCUGCGUGUCCUACUGGUGGAGGAGGAUGAGGUGGUGCUGCGCUGGGACCUGCCGGACCCCUCCUCUCAGAGCCUGGUCAGUUUAAUUCAUACGUUACUUAUUUAACCCAUUGAGGUCAGAAUACCUCUUUCACCAGGGAGACCAGAGCGCUAUACUACAAAGCUAGAUCAAUGAGUUAGACAGAUUACUUUUGAUAAGCGAUUCAUUACACCGUGCACAUUUCAAGCUUAUUUUAAAGAAUAUAUAUAUAUAUAUGUUGUUUUAGAAUAUUCAGACAAGUCAGCUGGCUAACUCAUUUUAUCCUAACUUGUGGUACAGGCUCUAGUCAAAAGUAGUGCACUAUAUAGGGAAUAGGGUGCCAUUUGGGACACAGCAUGAAACCUUUAACCUUGAAUACCUAUUCAUGGGUUGCACCUCCAUCACUCGGUUGCGUCGUUGCCAUUGUUACUGUAUCAACAUUCUACAGAUGCCGCAGCAUGUCUUCCUGAACGGGGGGCUGACUGUUUCUUCACAAUUACACUACCUGGGAACGAAAUGACAUUGCUAAAGUCGACAAAUAAUUAGCAGAAAACAACUUUGCCGUCAUUGUGAUGUCGUCAAGUUUACUUUAGAGAGAUUGCAAUGUUGCCAUGAGCUAGCAAAGUUUUUUUCAGAAAUAGCUAGCAAUGCUAACGUUAGCUAGCUAAAAUAUCAGUGCUCUCCCCUCAAUCUUAGAUACAGUUGAAGUCGGAAGUUUACAUACACUUAGGUUGGAGUCAUUAAAACUCGUUUUUCAACCACUCCACAAAUUUCUUGUUAACAAACUAUAGUUUUGGCAAGUUGGUUAGGACAUCUACUUUGUGCAUGACACAAGUAAUUUUUCCAACAAUUGUUUACAGACAGAUUAUUUCUCUUAAAAUUCACUGUAUCACAAGUCCAGUGGGUCAGAAGUUUACAUACACUAAGUUGACUGUGCCUUUAAACAGCUUAGAAAAUUCCAGAAAAUGAUGUAAUGGCUUUAGAAGCUUCUGAUAGGCUAAUUGACAUCAUUUGAGUCAAUUGGAGGUGUACCUGUGGAUGUAUUUCAAGGCCUACCUUCAAACUCAGUGUCUCUUUGCUUGACAUCAUGGGAAAAUCAAAAGAAAUCAGCCAAUAAAAUAAUUGUAGACCUCCAUAAGUCUGGUUCAUCCUUGGGAGCAAUUUCCAAACACCUGAAGGUACCACGUUCAUCUGUACAAACAAUAGUACGCAAGUAUAAACACCAUGGGACCACGCAGCCGUCAUACCGCUCAGGAAGGAGACGUGUUCUGUCUCCUAGAGAUGAACGUAAUUUGGUGCGAAAAGUGCAAAUCAAUCCCAGAACAACAGCAAAGGACCUUGUGAAGAUGCUGGAGGAAACAGGUACAAAAGUAUCUAUUUCCACAGUAAAACGAGUCCUAUAUCGACAUAACCUGAAAGGCCGCUCAGCAAGGAAGAAGCCACUGCUCCAAAACCGCCAUAAAAAAGCCAGACUAUGAUUUACAACUGCACAUGGGGACAAAGAUACUUUUUGAAGAAAUGUCCUCUGGUCUGAUGAAACACAAAUAGAACUGUUUGGCCAUAAUGACCAUCGUUAUGUUUGGAGGAAAAAGGGGGUUGCUUGCAAGCCGAAGAACACCAUCCCAACCGUGCAGCACGGGGGUGGCAGCGUCAUGCUGUGGGGGUGCUUUGCUGCAAGAGGGACUGGUGCACUUCACAAAAUAGAUGGCAUCAUGAGGAAGGACAAUUAUGUGGAUAUAUUGAAGCAACAUCAGUCAGGAAGUUAAAGCUUGGUCGCAAAUGGGUCUUCCAAAUGGACAAUGACCCUGAGCAUACUUCCAAAGUUGUGGCAAAAUGGCUUAUGGACAACAAAGUCAAGGUAUUGGAGUGGCCAUCACAAAGCCCUGACCUCAAUCCUAUAGAACAUUUGUGGGCAGAACUGAAAAAGCAUGUGCGAGCAAGGAGGCCUACAAACCUGACUCAGUUACACCAGCUCUGUCAGGAGGAAUGGGCCAAAAUUCACCCAACUUAUUGUGGGAAGCUUGUGGAAGGCUACCCGAAAUGUUUGACCCAAGUUAAACAAUUUAAAGGCAUUGCUACCAAAUACUAAUUGAGCGUAUGUAAACUUCUGACCCACUGGGAAUGUGAUGAAAGAAAUAAAAGCUGAAAUAAAUCAUUCUCUCUACUAUUAUUCUGACAUGUCACAUUCUUAAAAUAAAGUGGUGAUCCUAACUGACCUAAGACAGGGAAUUUUUACUAGGAUUAAAUGUCAGGAAUUGUGAAAAACAGAGUUUAAAUGUAUUUGGCUAAGGUGUAUGUAAACUUCCGACUUCAACUGUAGUUAACUAAAGUUACACUGCCUCGAAAAUCAACCUGGCGACAUUUGAAAUAUAAUCGUGUUUCCAAGCCACAGUAAUGCACUUCAGCACCUAUUGAGACUGCAUUGAGUAGAAAGCUCUCCUGGGCUUCAGUCCUUAAAACGAACGUUCAAAACAAUAUUGUGACGAAACGUGCAACCCAUGAAUAGAUCAGUGGCUUCGCUGUGACCUACGCCCCUCUGGAUCUCCUGGACCGCGGCAGUGGAACCAGGAAGACUGACUUCCUGGAUAAGAAGCAGUCCACCUAUCAGCUGCAGGGCCUGGUGCCUGGCCUGCUCUACAACAUCUCUACCUUCUCUGUGAAACGAAACACCAACAGCAACGAUAUCAGCCAGCCAGCCGUCGCACUCAUACGCACCAGUGAGUGGACUGUGAAUGCUUCAGUGCAGUGACAAUGUCACUGUUUUAUGUAUACAGUAGUUUAGAAUAUGUGGACUAUUUGAUAUCUGUGUAACUCACCUGUGUGUGUGUGUGUGUGUGUGUGUGUGUGUGUGUGUGUGUGUGUGUGUGUGUGUGUGUGCGUGUGUGUGUGUGGGUGUGGGUGUGUGUGCGUGUGUAUACUGACCUGUGUGUGUGUGCGUGCGUGCGUGCGUGUGUGUGUGUGUGUGCGUGCGUGCGUGCGUGCGUGUGUGUGUGUGCGUGUGGGUGUGGGUGUGUGUGCGUGCGCGUGCGUGUGUGUGUGCGUGUGUAUACUGACCUGUGUGUGUGUGUGUGUGUGUGUGUGUGUGUGUGUGUGUGUGUGUGUGUGUGUGUGUGUGUGUGUGUGUGUGUGUGUGCGUGUGUAUACUGACCUGUGUGUGUGUGUGUGUGUGUGUGUGUGUGUGUGUGUAUACUGACCUGUGUGUGUGUGUGUGUGUGUGUGUGUGUGUGCGUGUGUAUACUGACCUGUGUGUGUGGUGUGUGUGUGUGUGUGUGUGUGUGUGUGUGUGUGUGUGUGUGUGUGUGCGUGUGUGCGUGUGUGCGUGUGUGCGUGCGUGCGUGUGUAUACUGACCUGUGUGUCUCUCUCUGUGUCAGGGCCGCGGCGGGCUGAUCAGCUGCAGGUAGUUAACGUAUCGUCCUCCCAGGUAUGGCUGAGGUGGCUGGUUCAGGCUUCUCAUCAUGCUACUGUCAGCCAGGUGCGCCUCUCCCUGGUCCCCUGGGACGGUAGUGGAGUUCGCACCGCCCUGCUCAACACCAGCACCAUGGAAUAUGCCUUCAGGUUCUGCUCCAUUCAACACCAUUAUCACUAGGUUGGCUGUGGAUUUGAGUGGUUCUUGGUCUGUCCACAGGGGACUUGGAAAGACUCAUGAGACCAUAGGCCUACUGGUCUAAUGCCCAUGAGGGGGUAGUCUGGGCAGAGCAUGAUGUAUUUGGUGGUAGUGACCCAAAAAGAGUUGAGAACCACUGACUUACAGCCUGCAAUACUGAUUAUGUUCACUAGAUGCCACUGUAUAACUAUCACAUAGUAUUACUUUCUAGAUCAGUGGUUCCCAACCUUUUUCGGUUACUGUUCCACCAACUGAAUUUUGCUCUGCCCAGAGUACCUCUGAAGUACCCCCUCUUGCAUUUUACCAGUAGGCCUAUGGUCUCAAGAGUCUUCUCAAUAAUCCCCUGUGGAUAGGCCAAGUACCCCCAGGGUUCCUAGUACCCCUGCUUGAGAACCACUGUUCUAGGGCACUGUCUGCACCGCAAUACACAUGUUUAUCCAGUAGAAGGCGCUGUGAAGCCAAUGCUGAUAAAUCUCCAUAGACCAUAGCAGGUGAGAUGAUGUUAGUUUUUUGAGUCAUUUUGCAUGACUGGGAUUUCUGUCUGUGUGUGUUUCUUCCCUCCUCAGCUCUCUGCUCCCUGGUCAGAUGUACACAGUGGAUGUUCUAACUCAGAGCGGGAUCAGACCAGACGAGUUACCCUCCACCAGUCACUCUGCUGGGCCGCUGCAAGUCUGGACCCGUAUGUCAUCAUGUCUCAUACAUCAAUCAAUCAAUCAGUCAGUCAGUCAGUCAAUCAAUCAAACAGUUUUUUUUAUAAAGCCCUUUUUUACAUCAGCAGUUGUUACAAAGUGCUUUACAGAUACCCAGCCAAAAAACCCAGAUAGCCAGCAAGGCCGAAGCAGACACUCAAUGAACCUCAGGAAUUCACUAUGCAUUCGUUAAGCAUCUGGAAACAUCCCCAUCCUAACAUAGAUAGUCUUGUCUCCAUCGCAGAGGGAUUCAUUAUUAAUUAAUUCACCUGAGACAAGACACUUAAAGAUGACCACUCUUAUUAGAAAAUGUGAUCAGGAUCAACUGUCAGGAUCAGGAUCAACUGUCAGGAUCAGGAUCAACUGUCAGGAUCAGGAUCAACUGUCACGAUCAGGAUCAACUGUCAGGAUCAGGAUCAACUGUCACGAUCAAGAUCAACUGUCACGAUCAGGAUCAACUGUCACAAUCAAGAUCAACUGUCAGGAUCAGGAUCAACUGUCAGGAUCAGGAUCAACUGUCAGGAUCAGGAUCAACUGUCACGAUCAACUGUCAGGAUCAGGAUCAACUGUCAUGAUCAGGAUCAACUGUCAGGAUCAGGAUCAACUGUCAGGAUCAAGAUCAACUGUCACGAUCAGGAUCAACUGUCACGAUCAGGAUCAACUGUCACGAUCAAGAUCAACUGUCACGAUCAGGGUCAACUGUCACGAUCAGGAUCAACUGUCAGGAUCAGGAUCAACUGUCAGGAUCAGGAUCAACUGUCACGAUCAACUGUCAGGAUCAGGAUCAACUGUCAUGAUCAGGAUCAACUGUCAGGAUCAGGAUCAACUGUCAGGAUCAAGAUCAACUGUCACGAUCAGGAUCAACUGUCACGAUCAGGAUCAACUGUCACGAUCAAGAUCAACUGUCACGAUCAGGGUCAACUGUCACGAUCAGGAUCAACUCUCAGGAUCAGGAUCAACUCUCAGGAUCAGGAUCAACUGUCAGGAUCAGGAUAAACUGUCAGGAUCAGGAUCAACUGUCAGGAUCAGGAUCAACUGUCACGAUCAGGAUCAACUGUCAGGAUCAAGAUCAACUGUCAGGAUCAGGAUCAACUGUCAGGAUCAGGAUCAACUGUCAGGAUCAGGAUCAACUCUCAGGAUCAGGAUCAACUGUCAGGAUCAGGAUCAACUGUCACGAUCAGGAUCAACUGUCAGGAUCAAGAUCAACUGUCAGGAUCAGGAUCAACUGUCAGGAUCAAGAUCAACUGUCACGAUCAGGAUCAACUGUCAGGAUCAGGAUCAACUGUCACGAUCAAGAUAAAAUAAUAAUAAUAAUAUGCCAUUUAGCAGACGCUUUUAUCCAAAGCGACUUACAGUCGUGCGUGCAUACAUUUUUUGUGUAUGGGUGGUCCCGGGGAUCGAACCCACUACCUUGGCGUUACAAGCGAUCAUCUGUCACGAUCAAGAUCAACUGUCAGGAUCAGGAUCAACUGUCAGGAUCAAGAUCAACUGUCAGGAUCAGGAUCAACUGUCAGGAUCAGGAUCAACUGUCAGGAUCAGGAUCAACUGUCACGAUCAGGAUCUACUCUCAGGAUCAGGAUCAACUGGCACUUUAAUUUACAUGACUGAUCAAAACUAGUUUUCUCAUGGCUCUCUCUUAUCUCUCUGCAGCUGACAUGGUGAGCAAUAUGUUUGGAACGUCGAAUCGCAAUAAAAUCACAGUAUCGAAUCGCAAUACAUAUUUAUAGGUUGCGCUUCCGUCAUUUGGUCGCGUCGUGCCGUUGUAUUGAACGUUCUCAAGCUGCUCUCUACCGGCGGCACCAUAGUGGUGCCCUGAAGGGGUGAUACGACCAGUCAUUCUGGACGGAGGCUGACUACUGUUUAGUCCAAAUUCCACUAUAGUGCCUGGAAAUACCAUGACGUUACUAAAGGAGUCAAAUAUUUAGUAGGAAACAACUUUGCCAGCAUUAUCAUGUCGUCAAAUUUACUUUACAUCAAAAUGAUAACUAAAGGUUUUCCUAAUAAUUAUUUGCCUCCUUAUGAAUGGCAUUGUAUUUCCAAGCCACUGUAAUUCAAUUUGGAAGAAAUCUUCAUCCGCUCUCAUUGAUGAUGCAUUGAGUAGAACGCUCAGUCAGGCAUCAGUCCAAAAUGAACGUUCAGAACAAUAUUGUGACGAAACAUGAAACCAUGAAUAGAAUCAUGAGAAUCGUGAGAAUCGUGAGAAUCGUGAGAAUCGUGAGAAUCGUGAGAAUCGUGAGAAUCGUGAGAAUCGCAAUCCAUCUAGUGAUAAUAUCAUAGGUCCCUGGCAAUGUCCAGCCCUAAGGAAUUCACAUCUGUUGGCCGUAUGUUGACCGUCUGUUGACCUUCUGUUUACCGUCUGUUGGCCGUAUGUUGACCGUCUGUUGACCUUCUGUUUACCGUCUGUUGACCGUCUGUUGAGCGUCUGUUGAGCAUCUGUUGACCGUCUGUUGACCAUCUGUUGAGCAUCUGUUGGCCGUCUGUUGACCGUCUGUUGAGCAUCUGUUGACCGUCUGUUGACCAUCUGUUGAGCAUUCGUUGACCGUCUAUUGUGCAUCUGUUGACCGUCUGUUGCGCAUCUGUUGACCGUCUGUUGACCGUCUGUUGAGCAUCUGUUGACCGUCUGUUGAGCAUUUGUUGACCGUCUGUUGACCAUCUGUUGAGCAUCUGUUGGCCGUCUGUUGACCGUCUGUUGAGCAUCUGUUGACCGUCUGUUGACCAUCUGUUGAGCAUCCGUUGACCGUCUGUUGACCGUCUGUUGACCGUCUGUUGAUCGUCCGUUGACCAUCUGUUGACCAUCUGUUGACCGUCUGUUGACCGUCUGUUGACCGUCUGUUGACCGUCUGUUGACCAUCUGUUGAGCAUCUGUUGGCCGUCUGUUGACCGUCUGUUGAGCAUCUGUUGACCGUCUGUUGACCAUCUGUUGAGCAUCCGUUGACCGUCUGUUGACCGUCUGUUGACCGUCUGUUGACCGUCUGUUGGCCGUCUGUUGAGCAUUUGUUGACCGUCUGUUGAGCAUCUGUUGACCGUCUGUUGACCGUCUGUUGAGCAUCUGCUGACCAUCAUCACACAAGACACAGUAGCUGCUCAAUGCGAUCAAGAUCAACUGUCAGGAAUCAAGAUCAACUGUCUGCGAUCAAGAUCAACUGUCAGACUUGUAUCACUGCAUGCACACAAAGUUACAAUGACCUAGGAUCCUAGUAUAUUCCCUCACUGUGCUGGUGUAACACAGUUGGAAACGCAUCCCUUGUUUAUUGUGAGUUUCACCUAAAUUGAUCCAAUCCUGAAAACUUUAACAAUCUUGUCUUUAUUCCUUCCAUAGGGUCUAAACUAGAGGUUUUCACGGGUCCAAAAAGUUGGACCCGUUCUGAAAUGGAUCCGUGGCUUUAACACCAGACCCGAUAUGCAUAAAUACAUUUUCUAAAAACCGAGACCCGUUCCGAAUGGACCUGAGGACAGUCAGACCCAAUUCUGAAAAGGACCGUGGAAAAACAGACACAAACAGACCCGUGCUGGUUCGGAUCUGAGAGACCCGUUCAGAUCCAAGAGUAGAAAGAGAGAGAGAAAGAAACCUACAACUUGGGCCGGCGCCAUCAAUAAACAAGACGUAUUGGCCAAAUAAUCCACAGGUCCGUGUCCUUAAAAACUGCCUAGAACAAAUUACCAAAAAAAAAACGAUUUGUUGUGUUUUGUUGUGUAGGCUAGUAUAUGCAAAACUUUAGUCUAUUGUUUUAUUGGUUUUUUACUUUCCUAAAACAAUAAUUGUCCACCUCACGGUUCAGCUGUCGGAGAGUUGAGCGCUAAAUUGCAUCAGGGCAUUGCAUGCAUAUAGGGCUAUAGGCGUCCACUGUAUGAAAUUCAUAUAAAAACAUAUAUAUUAAGGCAGACAAGCAUCGUCCUCGCCCUAGAAAGAGAGAGAAAGAUAUAGAAAGGCCGGUGACGUGUUCCCAACGUCAACAUGGACGUCUUUAUCCCUGUCAGAUAGGCUACUACUGCUAUACAGAAAUAGGCGUACAGAAGGAGGCAAAUUCUUACAUUUUCUAUCAGAAUAUAUUUUAUAAAGAUAAGCAUUAUAUUGUUAGAUUAAAGGAGUGACUCUGGUAGGCCUGAAACACUCUUCCUCACCUCAAGUCCAACUGUGGGAGUGAGUUGGAGCGCCGGUGCGUACCGCUUUCAUUGGCCUGCAGUAGCUAACCCUAAUAAUAGUAACACCUCACCAAACCUUCACAAGAGUUGCUUAACUUUAUUAAGGUCAUAUCAAAAGUCAAGUCAUUGUUUGAACAGUCCAGGUCUAUAUUGCGGCUGUUCCCAACAAAGGCGAUUGCCUACCUUCAGGCCUACCCAACACAUGACAGCAAUAGGCUAAUGCUCUUUAUUUAACAGGCCUGCUUGUAACCUUAAACUGAAUACGGAGCACAAAAUUAAAAAGAAAAUGUAUCAAUAUAAUGAAAUGAAACACUUUUUGCAUAGGCUAUUAAAAUAACUGUUUUAGAUUAUUAAAUAGGCCUACAAUAAAAAUAAUAAUAAUAAUAAUAAUAAUAAUAAUAAUAAUAAUAAUAAUAAUUAUAUUUAUAUUUAUAUUUAUAAUAAUUAAUAUUAUUAUUAUUAUUAUUAUUAUAACAAUAAUAAUUAUUAUUAUUAUUAUUAUUAUUAUUAUUAUUAUUAUUAUAAUUAUAAUAAUUAUAAUAAUUAUAAUAAUUAUAAUAAUAAUGGUUUACAAUAAUAAUAAUGAAAAAAACCAUUCAUAAUACGAAAAUAAAUAAUAAAAGGUAGAAAAUGAAAUCAAACCUGAAUAGCGAGUUGCUCCAUCUGGCUUCACCGACGUUCUUCUCUUUCUCCACUAUAAUAUAAAAACGUGUCCUCGAGGACGUUCCCCUCGUCGGCUUCUGUUCACUCUUUCUCCUCUAACUUUAGUUUUGCUUCGAUGAAAAGGCCAAGGCUUCUCUCUCUCUCUCCCCCCUCAGCAGCACGUGAGGUGAGCAGCCAGUAACAGUUUCAGCUGGACGUUUUAAUGAGCUGCAAUUGGCUGACACGGAUAACGAGCUCGCACAGUUCUCAUCACACAAACUAAAUGAACAGAGUCGUCAGGUCCAGUCGGGUCCAGUCGGGUCCAGUCGUGUCCCAUUGGGGUCCAGUCGGUAAAUCAAUUUUAAUUGCACAUACCCGAGACCUUUGGCAAUUAUGUCAGACCCGAAUCAGAUCCGAGACAAAAGUCUGAAUUUAGGACCCGGAGCUGGGUUCUGUAGGACCUCUAGUCUGUUUCUAUCAGCAGACAGACAGACUGUCCUCUCUGUGCCCCCCCCCCCUCCCCUAGGACCCCUCCCCCCUCAGAACCUGUCUCUGUCCCAUGUGACCUCCAACUCUGCCCAGGUGACGUGGGACCGCCACCCCAGGAACCUGCCAGACGGCUUCGUGGUCAAUGUGACGCGAGGCCUGAGCACCCGGAGUCGCUUCCUACCCAAUGGGAAACUGCGGACGUACACCCUGAGAGAGCUUUCCCCGGGGCAGCACUACCACCUAGCCCUCGUGGCUGUCAGGAAGACAGGACAGGAACAGAUCCACAGUGUACCACAACACCUGGCCUUCACCACGUGUGAGUGCUCUGCUCCCACCCCGUGCCACAGGCUACUGCUCUACACAUGACUUCUGCUUAGAGCCCAGAAUGAGACAGGAACCAACUCGAAACGUCUACCAUCUAGGACUGUCGUUUUGACUGGUUUCAGUCUGAAAGCUUUCCUUUACCGCUACCUAUGCAACUAACUUUUUAAACUUUUUCUGGACCAGUGCCGAUGGAGGAGCGAUGGGGAGGGAGGACGAGGGAGAGCCAGGGAACCCUAGCCCCGUCUGAACCCCAGGACCUGGGGGUGGCUGCAGAGAGAGAGAACUCUGAAGAGAUGCCCAGGUGAGUGAGUGAGUGAGUGAGUGAGUGAGUGAGUGAGUGAGUGAGUGAGUGAGUGAGUGAGUGAGUGAGUGAGUGAGUGAGUGAGUGAGUGAGUGAGUGAGUGAGUGAGUGAGUGAGUGAUUGGGGGUUAGGUUAUUAAGACUGUGAGACAUUAGAGCACAGUGUUACACUGCUGAGUUGUAACCGGACUAUUUAGUGCUAACUAGACAAGGUUGGUUCUCUCAAGCUCUACCUGUCUGUCUCUGUUUAAGCUUCGGACAUCUUUUGUUCUCUUCCAGAUACACAGAACUGAUUGAUGGAAGGGGGAGGAUAACUGCUAAGUUCACUAGCCUGCCCAGGAAGACCCUCAGACACCGCACUAGUAAGUACUGUCAUAACCCCCGUAUGGCACAAUGCAAAACAGCAUCUUUAACUAUGGGCAGUCAGCGUGAUGGUGUGAACUUUGUGCAUGCCAGUAUAUCUACCUCUUAGAAACAGUAAUAUUCUUGCCUUGCAGAGCCUGAGCCUCCUAUUCAGUUAGAGAGGAGGGAGGAGACAACGAAUAGAAUCAGCCUUGCACUAGAGAGGAGGGAGGAAGAGGAAGGUUACAGGCCUGGUAGGUUCUGUGUUCUCUGCAGCAGGACAGAUAAUCAACGAGAAAUUGGCUGUAGGGCUCUGGUCACACUUUCUGUUUGAAUGAAGAGCGGAAGUCCUUGCCUGUGUCCCAAAUGGCACCCUAUUCCCUACAUAGUGCACUAAUUAACAGGGCUCUGGUCAAAAGUAGUCCACUAUAUAGAUAAAAGGGUGCCAUUUGGGACGUAUUUAGCCUUAGUGAAACCUGAGCUGGUGGUUUGUCUGCCGGGAUCUCUCUGCUCGGGGUCCUGACAGCAGCUGCUGUGUUUCAGAGUCGUCCCGGGACUGCCAGAGUCUGCCUUGCCUGAACGGGGGUACGUGUGCGAAGGGGAGCGACUCAUACAUCUGCGAUUGCGCAGCCGGGUUCAAGGGCAGGCAGUGUGAGCUGUGUGAGUUUAUGACUUUACCACUCCCCUCCCCUCCCUCCCCCUCCCCCCACCCCUCCCCCCACCCUCCCCACCCCUCCCCUCCCCAUCCCUACCCCCCCCCCACCCACCCCACCCCUCCCCUCCCUCCCCUCCCCUCCCCACCCCACCCCACCCCUCCCCUCCCCUCCCCUCCCCACCCCACCCCACCCCACCCCUCCCCUUCAAUUCACAGCACUAUAACAGUAGAGCAACAUCCUCAAAUAAAAACAGCUCAGAUGUGUUAUAACAUAUUCGAAGAAGAAUCCUUUCUAAUAGCAGGUACAAAACACUUCAGAUAGAAAUAGGAUUUUUACAGUUUAAGAGAUUUCCUUUUUUUGGUUUCAACAUGUUCACAAGGUAUUAAUGCCACCACUUUCUCUUAAUGCAUUUCCUCACCCAAACACCCCCAGUCAGACUCUGUUUAAACAUUCCUUUCCUAAACAUCACCGGAGACCAAUUCCCCCUUUCUCCUUCAUGUCUACAUCCUCUCUCUUUCCUCUUCUUAAUCCCCCUCUCUAUCUCUUUCCCCUCCCUCUCCUCUCUGUCCUUCUCUCUGACUCUCUCUCUGCUCUCUCGAUCUCUUUCCACCUCUUCUUCUCUCUGUCCUAUCCUCCUCUUCAUAAUUAUCUCUCGUCCUCUCUCAUCUCCUGUCCUCUUUCUAUCUCUCUCUCUCCCUCUGUCUCUCUCUCGUCUCUCUCUCUCUCUCCCUGCCCUUCUUCUCUUCCUCUCUCUCUCUCUACAAUCUUCCACCCUGUCCUCUCUCUCUUCUCUCUGUCUCUCUUCUCCUCUCCUCUUCUACUCUGCUUCUCUCUCUCCUCUCGCCUCCUCUUCUCAUCUUGUCUCUCUCUCUUCCUCCCUCCCUGCCUCUCCUCUCUCCCUCUUCUCUCUCUCUCUCCCUCGCCUCCUGUCCACACUUCCCUCCUCUGCUCUCCCUC